AUGAAUUUAGGCACCCGAAGGAGAGAUUGCAGAACCUCUCAUCUAGACACAAAGUAAGUACCAUUCAUUUUGAUUUCAUUGUUUCUUUGAGGAGAGAGGAUGUUGGGGAGGCUGAGGUGUGAGCGCUCACCGGACUUACAAUCAAAGGAGCUGUGUGCGUCCAUGUGCGUACCUGUGAUGUGCCGGCUGGCUGUGGUCCAGCUCACCAUGCAGGAGUGCUGUCCACUGGGGACUAGAGAGGCUCUGUACGGGGUCUGUUUGGACCAAGGGGGUCAUUUAUGUUUCGUUUGACUGAACGAAAACGUACAGAGAUGGAGUUAAAGUGUCGAAACGUUUCUUUACGCAUGUUUUCUCUUUACAUCCGGACAAAGGAUCGAAAAAGUCCGUUAAGGAACAAGUGGCGCGGGUCUUUAUUCUCAAUUUACCAAAUUUUCGUGCACUUUUACGCAAUUGUGUUCUAGAUACAAGAUGAAUCCACUCUCAGAGCAAACUAGACAGACAUUCAGUGAUUAAUGUUUAGUCUCACGAAAGGUCCAGCAGCAUCCACUGCAGCUUUUUGGCUGCAUUUAGCGAGGAUGCUUUCCAUGUUUUCCCCCUUUGCGCACAGCCACAUUUACGCACGGUGAACAGGACAUUUAUUUCCUUAGCCUUGUCAGGUAGACUAGUUUCCAACUUAUGAGGAAAUGUUAUUAAAAGUUACUUAGCUCAAACUAUUACAUAAGCUUUUGCAAUAUUUUCCUCGAGAGCUUCCACUUAUCCAUUUAUUUGUAAAAACAUCUGCUGCUGACAUGAGUUUCACUGUUCUGUGACAUAAACUGCAGAUGUUUUAUGCAUGUGUUUACUGCGAACAUUUCUACAGACAGUGAAAAACACAUCAGGUUAUUAAAUUGACCGAAUAUUUGUUCCUGGCUUGGCUGAAGUGCAGAUGUUUUUUUUUUUUCUCCCAAGGACAGCUGGGACAGAAUACGCGUAAAGGAGUAGGCAUCCAUUGAUUCAUUUCCUGCCAUUUAAGGAAGAAUUUUAUAGAUCCUGGAGGGAAUUCGGACUUCAUUUUAAACAUUACAAGUUUCAAAAGAAAAUUGUUUGGGUUUAUUGUGUGGUGACCACCUGGUAUGGUUAAUAGAUAAGUGAGCGGUGAAGUAGUGUAGGAAGGUUGCUUUUACGCACCGUCACCUGGUUUCCCCAUUGAGACAAGAUUCCCAGAUUGAAUUAGCUGUAAGAGUCACGCGUGUCAGGAUGGUUUUUAGAACCGUGGCAGUCUAAAAUACAAGUUUCUGUGCACAAUAGUCAAGUUUUGGAGCAGGAAUGGACGAUAUGAAAUGCAUUUAACUUGUGCGUAAAUUAGUAAGUUAGGUGAAAAGACGGUGUACCUGUGAGGUAUUUGCUGCAGGCAGCGUCAAUCACCUUUUGGCCACUUGGUGGCGCUCUUUAAGUCCUAUUCCAGACGUUUUAUAUGCCAAUUUUUUGGCAACUGGUAUGUUUAUUUUGACACUCUCUCCUUGCCCCCCUAAAAAACAUCUUUGGAUCAAUUUUUGAUGUGCACAACAGAAACUUAAUGUCCAACAUUUUUGCUCCAAAUAAUUUAAGCAGCAGCUAAAUCCACUAAGUGAGUCAUCAGAAAUAGCCCAUCAAUUCCACUCUAUAUCUGCCCUUGUGAAUUUAAAGUUACAUAAAAAGACAGAAAAUUUUUAAUGGGCCACGGGAAAGUUUAUAUUUGUUGCAGAGAAUGGAUGAUGGACAUGUUGGAGGUGUGCUGGUCUUAAAACCAGUCAGAUCCUCAUCAGGCUCUCCUGGUGUCAGCUCAUGCAGAGGAAUUUUCCACUGUGUGUGUAGGUGUGGGUGUUUCUGUGUGAGUGUGAGUGUGUGUUCAUGGGGCUUAGGCUCACCUUUGGGAGAUCCUCUAAGGAAAUCAUUCAGAAGCCUGAACCUGGGAAAAGAAAGGGAAAUGGCAUCUAGGAGUUUUUUUCCCUUCUCUUUUUGGGGGUCAAAAUAGGUCUGGAUAAGCUGACCUACAAGUGGACUGCUGUGGGAAGAAAGAGGAGUAAUGAUGGUCUAGGGGGUCGAGAGGUUAAAAUCAGAGCUAAGAUGUACAUAAAAGAGGCAGAAACUGGAGAAAACUCAACAGAGAAUAUGAGACAAAUCUGUCAGUUUGCAUGUGUAGAUUUCUGCUACUGAUUACAAAAUGUGGCAAUAGAUAUCUCCGAGUGCCAAUCAUGACUAAAGAAAGAUGCUAUCAGCUGCACAGAUCUGCUUUCUUCCCUUUGCUUUCCAUGAAAUGUGAGUUCAGCGGCUCACAGCCCAACUUAUAGGUUAGACUGUCUGGUUUUAGUGGAUGACUUAAGAGGAGGUAUUGUUCAUCUGGCCUGUUUUUUGUCGACUCAGCUUGGCCAAAACCUCCCUCAGGGAGUCAUGUCAGAGCUCACUGCUGGAGUAUGAAAACCACACCAGACGGGGUCAGUGUCCAACUGUCAGCUCCAUUGGUUUAAAUGCUCACCGUGCAGAAAUCUACCUCAAAUGCUCCACAGGAAUCAACGCACCAAAUGAGAAAAGUAACAAGAAUCUAAACAAGCUACUGAGGGCUUUUAAUGUGAAAAACCAGAUAAAACGAGCGCCGUUUCCUCAGUAACGUGGUCUAGUUCGCACGGAUGUAAACAGCCUAAGGGGCAGAUUGAGAGUCAGUAAAACAUGUUGGCAUUCAUGACUCAUUUUCGGAAAGCAGAUCCCUCUUCAGCUGAUAAGACAAUGAAUGAGAGUGUAACCAGCUGUUAGUCUGGGAUGCACACACUCACACUCACACUCACACUCACACAAAACCACACACAAACUUAAAGUUAAGCAUCCUGGGUAACCACAAGCAGCUGUGUGUGGGGUUGAUUGUGAUGAGGCUUUAUUAGCGACCCAGAACUGGGAAGAGAAGCAGACACAGACACCCAAAACACACAAUCACACACUUAGAUAUGUACACACACAUCCUGAUUAUGAUCAUUCAGACUUGUGGGCGAAGCAGCCAGUGGUUAGCGCGGCAUGCUUUGGCAGAAGUCUAAAAAACAGAGACACAGACGCAUUUUUUGCCUGUAAUAGUGAAGGUAAACAAGUUUCUGCAGCGUCUUUCCCACAUUUAUGUAUCUGGAGCUGUCGGCCCACGCCCCCCUCCUGUCUGCCUGCUCCACUCAGCCACAGCUGCUUUACACAUUUCCUCCUCCAAUCUGUGUGUGUGUGUGUGUGUGUGUGUGUGUGUGUGUGUGUGUGUGUGUGUGUGUGUGUGUGUGUGUGUGUGUGUGUGUGUGUGUGUUUGUGUGUGUGUGCGUGUGUGUGUGACCAUGUGUGUCUGGAUGACCUCCAGUGGUAAACAGUGGCUGCCCUGCCUGUCACCAGAUCUCAGUCCCCUGCUGAGCUCUCAGUCCACACGCCAAUCAGUCUCUUACCUCUGCUGCACACCUGGAUGUGCUGCUGAGGGAGGCAGGACAUGUGUGUGUGUGUGUGUGUGUGUGUGUGUGUGUGUGUGUGUGUGUGUGUGUGUGUGUGGGCGUACGCAUGUUGGUUUUGGGCAGAGAGUUGAUGGAUAGGUCCACUGUAGUAUUUCUGUCUUACAAACCACAACUUGAAGCGGUCCCUCUGUGUGUGUGUGUGUGUCUGUGUGUGUUUUGGAGAGGAGUGCUUGCUCUUCCCUUGCUGAGUUGUAAGUGCUUUUGCAGAAUCAUUUUCUCAUUUGUUUGUCACGGGGUAUCAGAGGCCCAAAUUCAAAGCAUAUGGGUUUGUUUGCACUCAAUGUUGCACAAAACAUCAUCAUCAUCCUUGUUAUCCUACAUUUUGACCCUGCAGAAAACCUCAUAACCCGACUUCAGAUUUAGAGAGAAUGAAGAGAAAACUGAGUAACCCAUGAACCUUGAGUGAUCCCAAAGAGUUGUACAAUCAUGAAUUUCAGAGAGUUCACUCAUUGGCUGUACAAAAGAUGGAUGACAUGUCUCUACUUCCUCCCACUGUACAAAAAUGAAGCCAAAAUACUCUGUAUAGACUCUGAUUUAUUUAGCAUAUUCUGGUAUUUUGAGUCAUACAGUUAGUACAGCCCCAGCUCUGAUGUCCUGCUUCGUUCUUUGCUAACUAAAACACACAUUUAGUCUAGUUUAUGUCAAAGAGCUUUAGUGUCUUACUCCUGUUUUUGAAGUUUCUGACCCCUGUUCUCAGAGCCUCAUUUGUCAGUCUCAUUUGUGAAUCCCCUUGUUAAACUAUCAAUAAUUAAUUAUUGCUGGGGUUUAAUCAGCAUGAUAAAAACUAACUAUGACAAAAUCCUGCAUGAGAAAAGUUUAUUUAAUUUGUAUUUUGAUUUUAAAGUUUGACCCAUUUCCCAUCUAUUUACAUGGAUAGGGCGGAGUUUAUGACCUAUGUUUUAAUAUGUUUUGGUUGUCUCGCAACUUUUCAAAAAAGUCUUUGGUAAACCCCAGCUGAUUUGAUUAGUCCUAGUGGUUACUUUCAGAGUUGAAAAAUUGAGUUAAAGUGGCAAAACUGUAGUUCCUUUAGUGUCCACUUGGGGCUGGCUCCAACACCAACAGGACACAAUUAAGUCCUAUGUUAAAGUGCCUGUUUCUUCAGCAGAGUUAAUAAUGUUUGGAGCAGUAAUAGAGCAUAUAUUUCCAUAAUUUAUAAGAAAUACCAGAAGAUAAUGCAUGUUUUGUGCCAGCCUCACCUGCUCCUCUUUCACCUGUAUCUUGGUUGACCAAAAGUUUCAUUAAGUCAGCUUUUACAAUAUGACAACCAAUGGGUGAUGCUGCUGAGACUGUGUCCAUGUUUUAUAGUGUUUAUGAAUUUGUCCCAACCUGUCAACCUCAAAUUUCACCUCAUGCUUUAUAUAUUAAAGCUUUUGUCACAGCUGAGGGGUUGAAAAUAAAAAAAGAUUGUUUUAAAGUAAAACUUUCCUCCGUGUUACCUCCCUCUAACUCUCUCUCUUCUCCUCCCCCAGGAGAGCCCUCUUGCUCUGUACAGUUUUAUAUUGUACGUGUUACCUGGGACUUACACAAGUACACUCUGAAGGUAAGACCUCUCUCACUUUCUCACCUUUUUACUUACUCAUUGAAAAUUGAACACAUGGAAAGUAAAAAAAAUCUGUAAAGCUUGCAGCAUUACUCAAUGGGGGGAUUUUGGAGUUAUUCUUUGCCUGUUUGGUCAUUGCCCAAGCACGUAAACACAUUGCUAUGAGAAUUGGGCCAGUCGUUACCAUGACAACGAGUGUUGAGAAAGCAGCUGAGUGAGCAAGGGAGUGAUCAAACCAUAGAUCCAAAGACCAAAGCAGAGAGAAUUUACUCAAAAAACACAGCUUGAAUGACUGAUCCUACAGUGUGAGUGAAGCUGUUAAAAGCAAUGAACCUCCAGGGAGUUAGCACCUGAAUCUGCAGCUCUUUUAAAAGUUAUGGAGCUUUCUAGCGUUAGCUUAUUAUUUACCUGUCUGGCGCACAGUUUUUCUGAUUUAGUUCACUCUCACUGCUCUUCAAGUGUUGUUUUUCACUGGAGUUGACAGCUGUUUUUCAGCUAAAGAGCCCUCAAAGCAACUAAAGGCUACCUGCUAAUUAGCAAGAGCCAGACAGACAUAGUUAGUGAGUAGCUGGUAAACAUAGCAGAGCAUUUAGCUACUAAAGAGCAAGAUUACCUUCAGCUGUAGGUAGAGAGAGAGAGCAAAAAAAGGCUCAAGUAGACUUAGGUAUAUGAGAAAGACUAUAAAAAAGUUUAACAGUAUGAUACUGUUGCUUCAUGCUGGAUGUAAAGGCUAUAAGAGUUAGCUACCAAGCAGGCCAUAUCAUAUCAAACAGGUGACAAGAUGCCAAAAUAUCGCUUACAGCAAGAUUUUUGGGAAGAUGCAUGAAGCUACAUAAUAAAAAAGUAGAUAAAAACACAAUCUGAUAGUUCCUGUCUCUAGUGGCGUGUUUUAUUGUCCACGGACAGUAGCCAGAUUGGACGAAACUCUACCCUCUUCCUACGCAGCUUGGCCGUUCAGAAAUGUUUGUGUGCGGUUUAUGAUUAUUUAAGCUGAUUUUUGUACCAUCUGGUGUUUUCCUCUCUAGCUACAGUCCAGUGAAUUGGCCUCUUCUCUUCUUUAGUCGCUGUGAUUGAGACUGACAGGGCAAAGGGUUCAAUGAGCCUCGACCCGCAGUUGCUGAAAGUGAUGGCAGACAAAGCCAAACAUUAUCUCAGUUAGUUACAACAAGGCUGACACCGAUUUUUCAGUUUCAUUUAUUCUGUUUCUGAGUCUUUUCAUUAGACAGGGGAUAUAGCUUGUUCCUUUCCAUAGGAUAUAAACAUGAAAUUCAUAUUAGACAACAGUUUGAGUGUCAUGUCAAGGAAAUGGCAUCAGACUGUGCACAACUAGAGCCACUGUGGUCUUUCUUCAUGUCUCUUGUCAGCUGUUGUAUCGUGUCUAUCUUUUACAACAUCUGUGAAAGCAUAAAAUCUCCUUUUGGAGGCGCUUCGAAACUAAAACAAUCAAAUUAUUUCUGGUGUUAUUAUUGGAAUUGAACAGGGUACUUUUGGGUCAGAUAAGGCUUCUUGUCCUGCCGGUAUCCAGGCCCCCAAAAAACAUUGGGUAUAAAUGUUAAUUUUAAGUCAAAAAUGUGUAGCAAAGAGAGAAGAAUUGUGAGAAAAUCAUCGAGUCGGCCUCAACACAGAUACUCUCAGCCAAAUCCUUUUUGAUCUUUUUCCGUUUUAAUCGAGACGUUGUUGUCUGUUUGUGUGUAACGGGGGUUGAUUUUAACAUCAAAGUCUGUUUGCAGUCCUGUGGCCUGUUUGCGGCUUUGAUGACUACAGGUCUGAAAAUGAUCCGGUGGUGUGGGUAGGUCUCUUCGUGAAAUCUGGAACCAUCUUAAGCCAAAUCUCUGACCAGACUGCUGAGGAUUUAGUUGCACUGUGAGUCCAGUGGGCGCCAGGUUUUGAUGAGAAAUGAUCAUGUACUUCUUCUGCUGACUAGUCUGAUAGGACGCUCCAAUACUCUUUUUGAGACUUGCAUUAAUCGCUGGCGAAAAACAGUGAAAUUCACAGGGUCAUUGUUGAGAGAGCAGGCUCAGAGGUGACCAAAUGAUGGUCCUAAGUACUCUUCUGCAACACAAACACACUAAAUGGCAGUUUUACUCCAAUUUUCCUUGUCAGAGACUUUUGAGUUCACGAUAAAUUGAUGUUUAUUGCCAGCAAAAACAAACAAUAAAGUAUGUAACCCAUGUUCGGUAUGACUUUGAAUUGCCAAAAGAAACUGUUACAUGAAGAAGACAGGGAAGGGUCCUGCUUUACGGCUUUACAGCUCAUUUUCACUUACGGAUGCAUAUAGUGUCUGUACAUCCAUAAAGUACAAUGCAAGGAAGCGAAAACCAUAAAGUUUUCCUAAAGCUGUGGAGAAGAGGCUAAUUUUGUGUGAUAACUGAUAAAUCUGACAGCAUUUCAUACCAAUAAAGAUAUUAAAUAACGUUGACCGUAUUUUAGCAGAAUGGCAUUACUUUGGCUACGUUCAUACUGCAGGUUAUGAUGCACAAUUCAGAUUUUUUGUUAAAUCCAAUUUUUUUGUGUAGUCUUUCACAUUACAACAACGAAUGCGGCAUCUAAUGUGAAUGGAAUGCGUCCAUGAAAUGACCCGCAUGCGCACAAAGCACAAAUUGCUUUCCGCGCCUGUUUGUGUUAUCGAACAAUGGUGACGUUUGUCACAUAUUGAUGAUGUAUAGGUCGGAUUAACGCGCCUGAGCGUCCACACUGAAGUCACAUUGGAUACAUAUCCGAUUUAUAUCCACAUACAAAAGAGGCCUGAGUCUGAUUUGAAAAAAAUCAGAAUUGCACUGUUCACACUUACAUGAUAUAUGUCACAUAUGGUUAAAAAAUCAGAAUUGACCUGCAGUGUGGAUAUAGCCUUAGACUCACAAUGCAUUCUUGUCUAUCAUAAACAAAUUUGACAAUCAACUUAAAGCAACCAAGAUGAAAAUAAUCGCUUCUUUAAUUGCAAAGAGGAAUUUUUCGCUUCUUUACAAUCAUACGAGUUCACUAGAUUGUCAAAUUGGGAAUGGAGUUGAAGCUCAGCAAGCACAUUGUCCAAUGGUCUCUCCAAAAUCCAUCCCAAAAGUUUAAAAUGUCAUAACAAACUGAAAGAAGACUACAGGCCAAAAGGUUACUAAAGGACGCCUACUGGACUGUCCUGGUCACCUUAAAGCACUGCUAUAAUAGUGCUCCUGGUUUGAAUCUGGCCAUGGGUCUUAGCUGAAAGUCUUUCAAACCUGAACCAGGCCUGCUUACACCUCUGUUUGAUAUCACUAAAGAGCAGAUACAAGAAAACGAUUGCACACACAGAAAGAAAAUAGUAAAAUAGUUUUUUUUUUGUCACUCUUUGGUCAUAAUUACAAAAAACAGGCACAAAUUGUAGUUCAAUAUUGUGGGAAGACAUGCAAAGUACUGCAGUUGGGACCAUUUUUCCACCCAGACAUAUCUUAAAUGGCCCACUGUAGAUUUGCUUGGCCAGCCAAAGAGGAACUUUUUGAGUUUGUUCAACUGAAUCAAGUGACUUCAUCCUCUAUGAGGGAUAACAUUACAGAGAGUCAAGCCUUGGACUCUCUCUCUCUGUCCUACUUGAAUGACUUGGCACAGAGCAAGGCUCUGAACUGCAGCCAUGUGUUCAACACAAGUCUAUGAGUGUGUGUGUUCACAUCCAUACAUUGUGCUGUAUAUCUAAAACCACAUGGUUAAUGUAUGCACCAGUAAUAAUACAAGUGGUGUUUAAAUAAAGACGUUUGGAGUCAGGAGUCUAUGCACAGAAAAGAUACAUGUAAUGCAGCUCCUGCUUCACUGCCAAGCACUGUUGUCCUUUACAACAGAGGAGACCACACAGGAGAGAGGAGAGGAGAGUUCACUGUGUGGACGCCGGGUAUACAUGAACACUACACCCCAUGGCGGUCUUGUUUCCUUUGACAAUUUUAUAAAGCCCCAAUGUUUUGAGGGUCUUACAGCCUCAUACAGAACAUGGAAAGACCAUAAAGAUCCACCUAUAGAAGAGCUGGGUCUACAGUUGCAUUACAGUACAUUUACUGUACAGAAGGUGCAGUGCGCUGUAAAGUCAGGUUUCACAUUUGUUCAGAUCUGCUUUGAAUCAAUCGAACCCAAUAAAUCCUGACAGCAGUGAUUAGUGAAAUUUAUAUUUGACAUGAUACAUGUGAGAACUUCUUCUGUGUAAAGCGUUUGACUUCUGAGCUGCUGCCUCCCUCAGGUCUAAUUCCUCGACAACCACUGGCUCAACCACAAUCAAAUUCAUGCUUAAGACUGUUUUUUCUCCAAAACUUUCCAUGCAAUUACAUAUUUCUGAUGUCUGAGCCCCCUGUCAGCCGCUUAAUGAAGCGAGCCUCUUAUUAUACAAAGACAAGCGUCUCAUUGAAAUCCUUGCUUUCUAUGGAUUACCAGGGCAGCUACUGUCAGGUCAUCCCAUCUAUCUUUCUCCUCGUCUUUUUUCCCUUUUUGUCAUGUCAUCAACUUUGCUCAUCCACUUUUUAUCUUUUAACAAGCAGAGCCUCUAUACACAUGUCCCCAUUAGGCAAGGCUGGGUGACCACAGGUCAGAGUGAGCCCACUGACAAUGAAGAUGAUGAGGGGCCUGGUCACAGGUCUGAGAUCACAGGUCAUAUAGAGAAUGAAACUCUGAACAGAGAGUCAAAGCUGGCUGAAAGGCUGGAAACUGUACCCUGCCUCCAAGCCCAGAGAUGCUCUGUACCCACCCGCUUGUGGUUUCUGUGGUCAUGUUGUGGAUUUUACAAACUGACUGUUUUGAUGAGAAACACAGAGAACAUAAGGAAGAAAGAAACGUUCCCUCGCGAUCAAAAUUUAGAACCUGCAAAAUGCAUCUUUUACAAGUACUUUAACUUUAACUACAGCAAAUAUUCAGGUGUACUAAGUGGCAUUAAAAUGACACAAACAUGUGAACAAAUCAUUCCCUUAUACAGGAGUUUGUUCGCCAGGUGGCUACCAGAGAGGAUUAGGUGUUUCAGCCUGAUUGAGUGUUCCUGGUACCAGCUGCUCCCUUCACAAUUACCUCUGCCAGUCAUCAUGUUUCCAUCCAGCACAGUUUGAACACAGAAAACAAAGUCUUUCCUGCUCAUGCCUCAAAUAACUGCUGUGAUGAAGGAGAUGUACUCGGCUGCAGAGUCUUUUCAGACGGUCUGGAAACAACACAGUGAAGAAGUGAUGGCAUAUUUCCUGCUUUUUAUCCCUGUUGCAAGCAGAAUUUGAUACUCAUGACUGUAUGAUAUAGGAUAAAAAAUAAAAAGAAGUCAAAUAUUUGUAGUGUUUUUGCAGCAUAGACAAACCACAUUGGUAAAUCUAAUAGAAAAGUUCACAUUUGAUUUGUUUUUUUGCUUCAUUUAUACCAAGAAUUCAGGAAAGUUUACGGGGUUCGUAUUUAGCCCUUUUGCAGCAUGGCACUGUCCAGAACAAAACCCAUGAAACACAUGACCCGAACUCAUUAAAGGCACAAUAAGGUGCAGGAAUGGCAUCCCUCUUGGCAUGGUGCAGUUUUAACCUCCAUUUGUGGAUGCAGUGACAAACUGUUUUCACAGACACUUGUUUUUAGAUGUGAUUUUGGGCCCAUGCAGUGACUUCUACUACAGAGUCUUGUGUGUUUUUAAAUGCAGAACUACUUGUGGACCUACAGAUCAUGGCCAUCCAUUGUGCAGAGAUUUCUCAAGUUUCUCUGACUCUUUUAAUGAUGUUACAGUUAAUUAAAUCCAUAGUUUUUACGCUGAGAAACAAGAUUUUGAAAUUGUUGAACCACCUACUCACAGAGUCUCUUACACAGUGCUGAAUUUCUGCCUCUCUGGCCGUAUCACUAACAUUUUGCUGGCAUCAAAUUUCAAAAUGAGCAGAUCAAUUUUGCAUAAUCAUGAACAAUUUUUCAGUGUAAACACUGAUACUCUAUGUUUGGCACUAGUUUGACUUAAAUAGUGUGUUUAAAUAAUUUCAUAUCAACAUUUAACACUGUGUCAAAACUUUUCUUGAAUCAGGGUUGUACACAUGGAACCACGGUGCUUUGGUUUAGUCUCCAAACCUCAAAUUAUUCUCGCUACCCUUUGGAGCUGUUUCAGUCUGACCACAUUAGGGAUAUUACAUGUCAGGGUGCACUGCUCCUUUAUGAGUUGCUGGCCUGUUUAGCAAUAAACAUGCUAUAUUCAGAGGCUAUUUGUUGUGGGCACUCUUUUAACUGUUUUAUGCUUUACCACAGUCAUAUGUUUAAAUAAUACCACAUCUUGCCACACUGGAGAGGGUAAAAACCACUGACAUUCGAGACGACGACAACCACAGCACCACAGCAGCAUCGAACUACUCAGAAAGCAUCAACUGACCAACCAAGAUACCUCUACAACUCAUCAUUAGAUUUAUGCCAGUCCGAAUCAUAUUAUUUUGGCCUAAAAUUGCAGAAGACAGCCUAAAGAAGAGGUUAUGCGGACUGGAAAACUAAUGGAGUUUAUAAGUCUUUGUGUCCAGGUCCAUUACUAUUCCCCAUCUCUUUACCCUGCAGUGCUUGAGCUCGAUUACUUGGCUGAAAGAUCAGGAAGUUAUUGGACAUUUGGCUCAUAAGUCAGUGUAGUCAAUCCAAAUGCCACUGGCAAAGAUAGCUGUAAUAUUUUUCUGCGCCUUACUUGCUUCAGGAAGAGUAGAUUCUCAAGCAGAGCCCAGUCUGCUCAGUUGAUAAAUUAAAGACAUUCAGCAGUUCCUCUUUCCUCCAUAUCACUGCAAAUGUACACAACUGAUUGCUUAAAAGGCUGUGUGAGUGGCUGUUACAACUCUGCAAAAACUGGGGCUGUAACUCUAAUGACUUAAUUGGUGUUUUAUUUGGGGAUAUCAUAUUUUAGGCCCACGCAAUUAUAAAAGUAGAAGUAGGUACGGCAAACAAAAAACAGUCAGGAUUAGAAAGAAGUCUGGAGAGUCAGAAACACAAAAAUACCCCUGAUGUGAACUAACUGCACUGGUGUAUGACCUCCAUUACUAAGCCCGUCACAGUCAUUUACUUCUCUAACAACACUCUCAUUUUUUACAGAUGUGGACAUCCUCCAAAAGUUGGGGCUCAAGGGAGAGAAACCGUCACGCUCGGUGCCAACAGGGGUCAUUCCAUUCAGAUCCGGGAUCAUCCUUAACCAGCGGGCGCACGUUGAAACUCCAUUGCGCUCAAUCUUCCCAGUGGCCAUCUGGUCCAAUCUGGCACUGGUCCUGAGUGUGCGCUCACACCGUGUCAACAGUGCUUUCCUCUUCACCCUGCUUUCAGGCCGCAAGAAGCUCCUUCUUGGUCUGCAGCUUACCCCGGGCAAUCUGGUCCUUCACACUGGACCUAACACUUCUGUGGCGCUGCCCUAUGAGCCCCAUGAUGGUCAGUGGCACCAGCUGGCGGUGGGAAUUAAUGGACAGAGAGUGACUCUAUAUGCCUCCUGCGGAGAGCAGAGUGUUCAUGCAGACUUUGGGUGGGACAGUGAGGAGGGACUGGCCCCAGAGCUCCAGGGCUCCUUCCUGCUGGGGCGGUCAAGCCAGCAGCAAGCCUCAGCACACUUUGAAGGAGCCAUCUGCCAGUUUGACCUGGUCCCUUCUGCACAGGCAGCUCACAACUACUGCAGGUACAUUAAGAAACAGUGCAGGGAAGCCGACACUUAUAGGCCUAACCUUUCCCCCUUGUUGCCUAUCCUACCCAGAGAAAGAAAUGUCACAGCUACCGCCGCUACCACUAAACGUGGUGGUCUGGUGACAGCCAGAAAACCCACAGGGCUGAGCCUUGCCAGGAGUGUUGCUGCUGCUGCCUCGGCUGUGAGAUAUGUGGCCCCCACUCAAACAACAAAGCCGGGUUCUGAGGCCAUUCCUACACCUCUGCUGGCAACUGUAAUGCCAGUCACAGUCCAGCUUGGUUUGGCAUCCCCACCACCCAAUGUGAGGACUGAAACUGUCACAGCACCACUCAGGACUAGAAUUUCCCCUACAAAACCACCAACCCCCAAACCCUUCACCUCUAAGGCGUCUAAUCAGAAACCCCUGAAACCCUCUCCCUCAAAGCCAACUUCUAAUAACACCUCCAAAAAGACGAUUGCAGGAACAGACAACAAGAAGAAACCAACCACCCCAGCCACUACCAACACUAAACCGACCAAGACGAAGCCUGACUCCACCUUAUCAGACCAAGGUGCCACCCCAAAGACCCAAAAACCACAACCUACCACAGCCAAGAAAACAACUCCUAAGCCUAAAGUUACACCCCCCAAAGCCACUCUGUCCAAGCCUAAAGUAAACCCUGUCAAAGUUGUCCCAUCUAAACCAUCAAUACCCAAGGCCAACCCUUCAAAACCUACCAUCUCCAAAACUUCAACUGCUAAAACCACCAAGCUGGUCUCCAAACAGGUCAUCAAACCAACAAAGCAAUCCAAAACUACCAAGUCUACAGUCACACAAAGACCAACUAGACCUUCGUACAAUCCAGUAACACCACCUGCUACUGAUAGCUUUGUGAGCUGGGAGGUGCCACCAACCCAAUUCUCCCUCUUGGACACACCAGUUGGACAGAAAGGAGAAGAUGGACCACAGGUGAGAAUGUCUUGUCUUUGGGUUGGUUGGUGAUUGUGUUUCUGUUCGACCCGUAUCUGUCUGUGUAAGAUGUAAGAUUCAACAUCCAGAAACCUUGAAGGACUAAGAUCGACCUGAUUGUGCCCGCUUUUUCUUGACUGUUUGGGUUGACUGUCAUCAUCGUAAAAUUGUCUUUCUUCAAAUGCAAAAGUAUGUGAACACAACAAAAAUGUGAUAUAAACAUUGAAUAUCAGCUGUCUACUGGCUUGCUCUUUAAUUAUUGGCACCUCCUAUUGGAAAAAGGAUACUGGUCAACCACUACAUAAUUAGCUGCAUUAGCAACAUCUCAAAGUGAGCUAUGACCUUUGAAAGACCAGCUUUGAAUCCGGUGCUCUAGGGCCUGGAAAAAUGAGCCCACAGAGAUACCUGGCAUAAUGUGGCUACUAUCCCCUUCCCCACUCAGGUUAGAAAUCCUACUUUUUCUCCCGCCCUUUCCUCUGUGCACUGUAUCCUCCAGGCUGGGUGUGACGUGUCAGGUCUGACGCCUUGCCGUCUCAGCACAAGAUUCCUCUCUCAUGGAGGGCUGGUGGAGGUCUCAUGGCCCUCUUUCAAAGCCAGGUCAAGGGUCAGAGCAGUCAGUAAACAACAUCCUUAAGGCGCAAGGUAGUCCAGGCACAAAGCAAACCUCUAAGAGCGCAAAAAAUGAGACGUGAAGGGCCCUUUUCUGCAUUUCCAGAUUUUCACAUUUUCCUACUUAGCAUUAGAGUGCAUUUUAAUUGCUUCUUGAUGGAUGAAUGGAGAUUAAAUUACUCCACGAAAGGCCUCAUAGUUGAGUGAAUUACUUUUUAACUUCUUGGUAGCAAAUUUGGUGUUUAGGAUUGUGUCCGAGUUGCUCUGUGUUACCAAAUAAACUCAGCGCUCAGAAGCUUUCUAAUGUUUUCAGUUAAUCAUGAUUGUCUGUGCAGUUCCUUGGCUUUAAAUGUCGCCUGAGUAAUCAGACCUCAGAGUCUCUUAAGCCCGUUCUGGGUGUGUUUGCUCUUUUAUUCAAAGCUUCCCCUGUGUUUGAGUCAUUUCAGUGUAAUGUGUGUGCUGGCCCUGUUUGUUUGAUACGUGUGCUUUGCUUAGUCUUUGUAGUGGUCUGUAAUUUGCUGCUGCAGAUUGCAGAGUGUGGCGUGUCAAGGGUUGGCUAAUUUACAUCCACACUGAUGUCCCCCCCAGACCUGACUGUCAUUACAGAGAGCCAAAUUACUGCCAUUUAGGAAGGACUACCUGCAAUCUCAAUAUGGAGUGCUGUAAUCUCAGACAGAAAAAUAUCCUUGAGGGAUGAUUUAUGGAGGUUAUGAGGUCAUUUAUUUGAGGACUGUCUGACACAUUUAGAUGCAGGUACAAAGCUAAGGCUGAAAGUUCAGGCAGUUGAACCAAUCAGAGAGCAGAGCUUUGAAGACUAAACUGCUCCAAGCAGAAAAAAAACUGAACAUUUAAAUCUGAAAAUGCUCAACUUUAGGUUGCAUUUUUCUAAAACUGGUGUUUCUUGUCUGGAUUUUUCCUCAAAUUUGGAAUUUUAGAUGAUCACAUCUUUAAACUCACAUAGCAAGUGUUUACUUUGAGAAAAUACCAGAUUAAACAGCCGUUUCUGUGAAAGCAUGUGCGGUUGCAUGCAUGCUUGGCUGCAUGUGACAACGUCUUUGUUGCCAUGAUGUGCCUCAGGAGAUCCCAGCUGAACCCAGUCAGGCUCCCUUGUCAACAUAGUUCCAAUUUCAUAAACACACAUGCCAUGCGUAUAGUAUCUCUUACUCCUUCAGUUUUACCCCCAAAGACACAAUUUUUCUUUAAUAUACACACACUUUGACAAAUAUGAACAUCAGAGGCCAAUGAAAAGCAUCAGUUGAGGUUUCAGCCAAAUGCCUUUUCAUUCAUCACUCCUGCUGCUCAAGGCAUUCAAAGUUUUUAACUGAAACACAUAACAAGACCAUGAUUUGGACUUGUGUUUCCACUCUGUAGAUCCUGUUCUGUAGCUGCCAGGAGAAACAUCCUGUGCAGGCACAGAUAUGGCAACAGUUCCUGAUCUGGAGCGCCUCUGGCUCCUCAGCACUGCUGUGAAAAUGUCUUCUUUUAAGCUCUGUUUCACCACACACCUGAAUGUUAUUCAUGUGCUCUGAAUUUGAUGAGAUUCCUGGAAAAUACAGUUUAAGUUUGUCUAUUGGAUUACAUUUUAAUUUGAGUUGUGGCAGCUGCAGUUUUAAAUCAAAUUUCAUCCUGAACUGACUUCUUUCAAAACCAGACUUCUGUAGUCCGUUAAACUGGACCUGCAAGCUGUCUGAGGUCGAAAAGUUUGCCAAAAUAAUAAACUUUUUUUGUCAUUUCAUGUGACAUUACAUUAAAAAAAAGUUUACAGAGAAUUAAAAAUAUGAAAUAUUCUUUCUUGUGACCUACAAAAGCAAACCAGACUGUCAACGAUAGGAUGAAAAGAUUAGAUGUUGUGACCGUCAAAGUCUGCAGCUGCUGUAAAGGGAUAAAAACUGAUAAAUUAGACACAAUUUUAUGCUUCUGUAAGCUUGCGUGAUUGUGUAAACAUGGUUUUUAAGAUAGAGUUACACAGUUGCAUAAAACAUAAACUUUGCUGAACUCAUUGGUCACAAAUCUGCAGAACUUGAAUCUGUAGAAACUGCCUUUUUCACGGUUUUCUUGUACUAAUAUUCACAGUGAGGGGGACAUUUAAAAUCAACACAAGCAGAAAGUUCCUUAGAGGAGCUUAACGUAGGUUAUAAAUCUCUAAAAUGGGACUUAAAAUGCUCCGACAGAAACUGGAACAACAUAACUCAGAUUUGUUCCCCAGGUGAUAUGCAAAAUGCCCUAACUUUCUCUUGGGCACAGUCAGCCCCCUGUAACUAAAAACAGCCCUCGCCAUCAGACUGUGUUUGAAAUGUGGUGGUUAAAAAAUGCAUACUGAUGUGGAAACUUCAUGGGACUCCUCCAUCCUUGGCGAAAGAGCAGUCAACAAACCGUUUCUCUCAGACAGAAGGAAAUAGGUUAAAGACCAACAGGUGCAAAGAGAGGAAAGAGAGCGGGAAUAAACAAACAAACAAACAAACAAACAAGUGUAAGGACAGGAGGAGGGCUGGAGCACACAGGGGGCGGAUGUGUGAGGAUGGAUGGGAGGGUGUGUUGGUGUUGACAGGUCUUUAAGGCCACCACAGGGCACACCACCUGUAACAAUGGGGGUGGUCUCAAGCAUGUAGGUCUGAAUGAAUGGAGAUAGUGGGGAGCAAAUUGCAGAAAGAGUUAGCUUCCAGCAGGUAGCCGCUAUAAUCGCUAUAACCUUUAGACUUAAAGCUUUAAUGUGUGUUUACAAGAGGAUUAGAGCUGUUUUAAAGGCACAUGUGCUUUAUGUCUUAUGGCUCGGUUAAAAGUUAGACAGGGAAAUUACAGGAAAGGUAUGAAUUUCACAAGAAAGGAUUAAUUUGACUGUCAAAAAUAGUCAGUUCAAUUCUUUGAGAACUGUGGUAACCGAUGUCUGGAGUUUUGGAGGUGAAAUGUUGUGCCUGAUAGAAAAUUCAGCUGUUCAACAUCUGAAAUCUCCAAAUUUUUUCAUAAUUUUACACUGAGAAAGAUAACUCUGAGGACACUGAAAUUUGCUCAUGCAGUGCUGAAUCUCAUCCUGCAUACUGUCAACAAUAAAUCGUGUCACUUAUUAUGAAUAUCGUAGACAGAAGUUUUUACAACAGCGCUGUUUCCUCAGCUUUCCUACUGACUCCCCCUCGCAGGCAUUAAAAAUUACAGUGUAAAAACUGUCAGUUUUAUUGCUGAUGGUCUCAUUUGCUUUGUACCUCAUAAAAAAAGCGUCAGUAUGAAUUUCACCCAAUUUCAUAAACCUCAAAAAGACUUUAAAUGAUUUACAAGCCAUCAACUUCUGUUUUCAUUAACAUUUUGCAAAGCGUUCCAACUUCUUGGGUUGUUAUAAAACUACUUUAAUGCAUUUACAGUUACAAAAGCAUUACAAAAAUGCCACAUGUAGACUGUAACUCCCAUUUACAUGAGGAUCCUGAGGCCUGCAGGUAGCUCUUGUUGGCCACCAGCCCUCUGUUUUCCUUCACUCUCCUUUUCCCCUUUUUUGAUUAAAAGAAAACGAAAGAGCACAAGGCUGAUAAAGCCACACAGCAGGCAGCGAGUGGCGCAAGGAAAUGACCUGUUAUUUUUAGUUUUUCUACGGUUUCCUGCUGCACACUCUCAGAGCUUCCUGAUGGAUAACGCUGAACUCUGAUCACCUCAAAAUGGAAUUGCAUUUGCACUUUUUAUGCAAAUCCAGCUUGUGGAAACACAUAAAGAAGAUUUUAAUAACCUGAGGGUUUGGAUUAGAGAGUUUAAUAAGAUGAUGAGACUGCAUCAUUGACUGAAUACUCUUUCUGUCUCUCUCCAGGGACUGCCAGGACCUCCAGGGAAACCGGGCCUGCCAGGCAAGAGGGGUCCUCGGGUAUGUGUACUCUGUCACUCUCAAACACCUCCAGCUUAACAAACACACUUCUAGUCGAGUCAUUUAGAAGUAACUCAAUCUGGCGUUUUAAUGAGCUGUCUUCAUUUAGCAUUACCGGUGGUUUUCUGUCUGCGUGCGUGUGUGUUUGUUUGUGUUUUUUUGCUACUGCUGCUGACGUACAUGUUGACUGAAAGCUCAAACACAAACAGGCUGUAAAUAACCCUUUGGCUGGGAGGUGACUCAAAAGAAAUAGACAGACAGAUAGAGACAGAGGAGACUGUAUCUGUGCUUUCCAGCCCAGGAGGCAGAGUCUUGCUCCUUUUUUUUGUACAGUUACAAUAAUAACCUGCCAAACCCGGCUCCCACAUCAGUUUAAAUCCCUCCCAUCACCCAGCUGACACACACACAUACACACACACACACACACACAUUUACGCACACACAAAGUUUUCCUAUGCAGGCAGAUUGACCAUAUUCAGCACAGGGCUGCGAGCGCUGACCUCCCACCCCUCAGCAUAAACAGGAAAGCUCCUAUAAAGACGGCCUUUCAAAAGCCUGCCUGUGCCACAGGAUGCCUAAUAAAAGCACUGUAAACAGACAGGGAACACAUGGCUCCACUGGACUUUCUUCUCCUCAUUGAGCUUUUGCAGCGGACUGCAGCGACACUUCAUAGGAAUCCCAUUCUGGACUAAUGAAAGGCCUCUUUCUCCAAGGCAGUUAAACAGAUAUGGUCUCGUUCCUGGCUCUGUCUUCCUCUUUGUGGAAUUCUCUUGUACUUCCUCUGUUUCUCUUAGACUGGCAUGUUUUUGUGGCUCAAAGUCAGCAAAUGGUCCCUGAAAACCUCCCCAAACUACCUGACGAAUCACUCCUAAAGUUUGUACAAAGUUUUGUUAAGCAAUAAGUUUUAUUUGGUGGUAUAUCACCUCACCCUUCCACUUAUGCAUGUGGAGUACCAUAGCCUUAGGCAGGCAGAGCACAUCUCCCCUCUGUUUCAUAAGCAUGCAUAAAAGCCAAAGCAGGGAGAUCAGCAGCAAAACCCAGACACCGGGGACAGUAUGAUACUGAUUUAAUCAGACAGCUUAAGAAGGAGGAGCAGGGGUGGAGUGGUGGAGGAAAGUUGCAGAGUUUAGGCAGGAUAAAGCAUUUCAAAUAAAAUAAAUAACAUUUGCCGAAUUAGAUAGAUGCUCAUGAGAAUCAUCAUGAGAAAUUUUGCAGAAAGAUUCGCGUUUUCUUCAGGGUCCCUAACCCUAACCCUUUAUUUCAUCCAUACUUCUGCUUAACUAUCAGUAUUAUUGAUUUGUUCAAAGCUCCUGUAGGGAGUUUUUUUACGUUUAUGAGAAACUAAUUCAUAUUUUUGUCUUUUUAUGAUAUAUAAAAGUAAACAAAACCAUCAGCAACAACAUUCAUGAUUCGCGUAUCAUAUUUCCAACACCUGAAAGCGAUACAAGAGGGUAGGUGUCAGCCAAGCAGCUGAAGAAACGCCUCUGUUUCUACAUUUGUUAUAUCAAAUAUUCACAAUUAAUUAUUAAUUUUGCUUUCCAAAGUCAGAAUGAGGAGUUGUUGUUUUUUUUUGUCAGAGGACACAAGUUAAGCAUAUUUUGGGCAACAUGAUCAAAGACAGGUGGCGCCAAUUGAAAAUUCCUCACAAGAGCUUUACUCUUGACCUUUAAAGGUGAAGUUUCCCAUCAGCCUGAGCUGUUGUUGUUACAAUUUUCUAGCAAAUGUUAGCAUGCUAACCCACAAACCAAUGUGGUUGGAAUCCUACCUUUUUUAAAACCAUAGACUGCAUUAACAUGGAUGUAUGGACCUGUUGGUGUCUGAGUUUUGAAACCCAAAGAUGGAGGCAGUAGAGGUGUAGCUAAGGCCGGUUCUUAGUCUGAUUUUUCACAUUGUGAUUGGCUGUAUGUUUGAGAGUUUGUUGCAUUAGUCCUUAUAAAAUAACACUACCAAAGAGUCGUUCAGUUCAGCCAAUUAAAUCACUGUUAUGUGCCAAAAUGACAGUAAAUGGUUGACAUCCUCAUACAUGCAGUUCUGUGUGGAUGUUUGUACUUGAACAGUUGAAGGUUUUUCAAACCAUUACUCACUGUUAGUGUCUGAGAGGCUCUUAAGCUAAACUCUCUAUGAUCCCCCUCUACUAUAUAUGUAUAAGGAGGUCUUUGUCUGGCUCUAAUUAAAGCUAUUUAAGCCCCAGCAGCAACUCCCAAACCAUCUCAAGUAACAGUUCCACAACAUCAGCCCCACUUAGGUGGAUUUCUAAUGAUCCAAAUCAAUCUUAGUAGAAAUAAAACUUUAAUUGGGCUGUACAAAUGUGGUCAAGCCAAGUAUUAUAUAAGAAUACCAAUGAGUGGAACUAUUUUUGCGGGGCCAAGUUGCAGCUUUUCUCAAGAGAUAUGGCAAAUUUAACUCCACAGUCCUGGGCAGAAUUGGUCUUUUCAAGCAACACAAAUGCCUGUAAUAAUCGAAAGAAGAUUAUUAGGUACAAGUUUCGCAGUAGAAUAAUUCCCCAUGCCGCGGUUACAGCUUGGACAGGAUUGGACUUGGAGUCUAGACUUUAACUUGUGCUUGGUGGAGCCCCUUGUCUCUCUCAAACCUCAUCCAUCAGCAGUAUGUUUCCACCAAUCACCUCUCGCUGAUUUACAUCCUGGCAGCUCAGACGUGUCUUUUGUCAGCCGCACAAACCAGCUGUUGAACAGCCUGUGGCAUUGUCAGUGGAAGUGGUCAGUUUGCACUGCGCAAACAAUGAAAACAAGCCUCUUCAAUAAAAAAGCACUUGUAAAGGUCUUUGGUUUUGAUGCCUCUUUAACAGGGGUCACUUGCAAACAUGCCGCCAGUGUCUGACUCUGACCUCACCGUCAUUUUUUGCAACACACACACACACACACACACACACACAAGUGCACCCAUGCUACAGCGCUGAUCCCACGCUGUGCCGCACAGACAUAUGUGGUUGUGUUUAUGACCUGCCUAUAUAAAGAGUGAGACAGAUUAUGGUGCUUUCCUGUAAACAAAAGCAUUUAUCAAGUUUAAUUGCUUGCUGCCAUGUGUGUGCAAACACUAAGCGCCAUAUACACAUACUUUAACACUUCCAAACAUGCACUCACAAACAUAUGUUGUCCAAAUUCUCGCCUCUCGGCCCGUUAAGAAUGUGGUUUCAAUUUAGGAAAGAAAAUCUCUUAAAAUAAUUAGCUCCAAAUCAUCUGGAUUCACACUACAGGUCACCUUUUGCAUACCAUGAUUUCAUCACGGCGGUGAUCCUUUUAAGUGGAAAACCAAAUUCCCGUCACAGAGAGAGGCUGUUUGCAUUUUUUUUUUCUACCUGACCCUGUGUAGCCGUGGAUUACUAGAAGUCUGCAUGAUGCCACACAGAGCACCAUUGAGCCCUGUAAGCACCACCCAUGAACCUUGACCCCUGAUCCCACACAUAUGAGUGUGAGACGCCGUCACUAUAGCAACCACUGCCAGUACAGAAGCCUUUGCUAGGUGUCCGUGAAUAGUCCUGGUGAGCUGUUCUUUUUAGGAUGACGGUGGUAGGGUGGUGUGAGAGGAAAUGUGCGCUGGAUGCAUCGAGGGCACACAGGCCUUUAUCUCUCUGAAGACUGGCGGCGUGUAUUCGUCUGGAGCCUGCUGGGUCAAAAGGGUCUUUGUCUGAGGGAAGAAAAUCUCUGUCGCCCAUCUUUCCUCAUACCUCCCCUCCUUUUUCCCCACCUUGCUUCACCUGGACGUAAAGCUAAUUCAAAUUCCAGAUGAGCGUUUGGAAAGCUUCAGCUGUAAAGGACUCUAAAAUGAGCAAAGGUGUUGAGCUCAUUGUAGACUGCUUUGGUAGCUCCAACCUUUUAAGGGUCCGUAUAAUCUCUAGAGUAAACUGUGUGUAAGGAUCUCUCCUCUGGAACUUUACUGUAAUAAGCUCAGGGACGAUAAAAAUCACAUUCCAUACCUCAAUUCAUUAUUUUUGCAGUCCCCUUUUGGCCACUUAUUGCCACUUUCACUACCAAGUUUUAAAUGUUUGGCAUAUAAGAAGCGCCAGGUUUCCAUCAUUACUUUCAGACCUGUCACGACAAUUAUGAGCUAAUACAGUUAUUGUUAUUAACUCCCAAAUAAUACUUGGAUUACUUAUGAUUUCCCUUUUUGAAAAUCAGGUCACAGCAUGAGGUAUUUAGCUCUCAAACAAACAUCAGCUUUUGAAGCCAGUAAUUUCAUUGGCUUUUUCCCCAGAGAGGCUUAAUUCAUUUGCCUUUCCUGCUUUUGUAAUUAAAUCAUUUUACUGUAACUCAUACGGCAACAGAAUGCAAGGUCAGUGCUUUUCACUCUGCAAUGGCAAGGUGUGCUUUUUAGACUCCACAAGCAGGUGAUAGACCAUAUUCCCACAGUGGCCGUCUUCUUGCGACAUCACGCUCAGGGAAGGAUAAUGGAGAAUCACUGUAUCCAGAUAUGCAUCUGGAUAAUCAGACAAACUGUGGUAAUUUCCUGCAACCACAAAGACAAUAGAUAGUGAGAGCAAGGAGAGGGAUUGAACAUACUUCAGGUUCAAGCUCCCAUAAGGAGCUUUCUGUCUGUGUUGACUUUGGUGCUCCCAGUGGACAAAGUGUGCGGCAGUAGCUCAGGAGGUAGAGCGGUCGUCCAAUAACUGGAAGGUUGGCAGUUCAAUUCCCCCCAAUCCCGACUCUGUCCGUUGUGUCCUUGGGCAGGCCACUUAACCCAUCUUGCUCCCAGUGUGUGUCCUCCACUGGCGUAUGAAUGUGAGUGUUGUGUGUUGGUCGGAGAGACCGAAGGCGCAAACUGGUAGCCAUGUUUCCGUCAGUCUGCUCCAGGGCAGCUGUGACCACUACAGUAGUUUACCACCACCAAGGUGUGAUUGUGUGAGCGAAUGAAUGAUAUAUCCAAUGUAAAGUGCUUUGAGGGUCUCUGAUAAAGUGCUAUAUGAAAUCUGAUGCAUUAAUUAUUUAAGUGGUAACCCUUGUUGCAUUACAUGACAAAAAACUCCUCCUGUUGUGUUUUUACAAUGAAAUUUCUCACUCACAAUAGGUGUUUGAUUUAAGUAACUAAGGCUGUUUCUCCAACAUACCGACCCCCUCACAGCAUAAGGGUUCAUAUCUGUCUCAUUUAUAGCCUCUUGAAAACUCAAGAAACUCGCGAGAAAUGACCCCUAUAAACUAGCAACAGGACAUUGAAGCAGAGCAACACUCUCCAAUAUAAUAAGGCAAAAAAGAGGAACAAAAUUGCUAAACUCAAGUGUUUUAUUUAUUAGAUAUAGACAGACAAAUAGCAGUUUGAGUUUCCCAUGAGUUUUCCACCCUCUGCGUGACAUCACAAAAAGGUGGGCGCCAUGGGAAUAUGGUCUAUUAUCCUCCUUCAUUCCCAAAGGCGAAGUUCCCCGGUGUGUGUGCAGACUGUGAUCUUUAAUUAUGAAGACAUCCAGCGGUUUCACAUGCUCCUGAUCUGAUGUUAGUUUAUCAGACGUUGCCCCCUCUGCUCUCAUUUGGCACAGCAUCAUACAGGACCUCUUUUAUCUUUAAUUUAGAGACUGUGUGUACAUUUAAACUGCCUUUACAAGCUGGCGUUGAAAGUCAGACUAUGUUUACAGCAGAGCCCAUUAAAAAAAAAAAGGGCCUGCUAGAAUAUUCUGUGUGGGAAUAUAACCUUGAGAGUGACGUCACAUCCAGAUUUAGGAUCCAUGAGCACAUGUACAUUAUUCCUUGGCUUUAAGCUGCACAUAUGGUAGUGAUAUAAAAUUUGUAGAUUCAAGGACAGAUAUUUAUACACCACAAAGUGUCCAGCACGUAUGUUUCUAGGACAUGAAACAUUAGGAGCUAUCAUUUAAUGGAUUUUUUCUGAACUUGGAGUCCGAAGCAGCUAGCAGGAUUAUUACCACAGGAACCACAGUAACGCCCUUCAUCGCUGUCAGAGGUUGGUGGUUUUUCAUUUGAUAGCUCAGCUUGUGCGCGCCCCACCCUGCUCUUCUCUAAUUAGACACCUGUUGUGCGAGAGGGGGACACGACAUGCAAGCAAGAGCACAGUACCGAAUGUGGGUGCCAGUCAGUGCCUACCAGAGUACUGCCCAAGCUGUGGUGAACCACAGGGUUAAUUUUGAAGCAUGUAAUUCAAACAUGUCUAGUUUGUUCAAGGUUAUUCAGGGCACUACAGCACUGUCUGGGCAUAGUACGUCUGCACCAGCUUCAACCAAAAAAGUUUAAAAAAAAAAGAGGGACUAGAGUAUACUAUGGGAGGAAAGAUGCUGUCUCUUUAAAACCUGAGAAUCCUUGGAAUGAAAAUAUAUCAUUUGUAAAACAUAACAGCUGAAAAACACAUGGACAUCUUUUAGUCUUGUGAGGAAAUUUUGUUUUCUGCACCUCCCACAUAAACCAGAUUAAAAUAGCAAACUUGGUUUCAAUGACUUCUCCCAUUAUUUUUACCAUUGCAUCUUGUUUUAUGGAUCUAGGAGGGACCCUGUUUAGAGGCGGGACGAAUAAGACUUCUUUUUGUAACUUGUCUUUGCUGUCUUUCCUCACUGGCCAUUUGAGAAAACAUUGCUUUGCAUUGGCUUAAAGCAAAGGGCAUCAUCACAUCUCAUUUAAUAUUGAAUCAAAAAUCAAAAUCCCUGGGGCAACAAUAAAUACUAUCAUAUCUUACAGUAUGUAUGAGGUUGCACCAUAUUAUUUCAUUUUGUAUGGUAUGUUAUUGUGUUGUUUCCUGUUGUGUUUUGGUGUAUCAUGUCCUGUCGAACUGAAUUUAUCUUAUCUUUCUUUCUUAUCUUAUAUCAUUUUUUUAUCAUAUCAUACUGUAGCAUUGCAUAUCAUUCAUUUUGAACUUUUGAACUUUUUUGUGUGUAUUGGAUCUUAUCAUAUGGAUAAGAGGCAAAGAGUGCCAUAUCAUAUCAUAUCAUAUCAUAUUGUAUAAUAUAAAAUCAAAUCAUAUCGUAUCGCAUCAUAUCAAAUCAUAUAUUAUAUCAUAUAAUAUCAUAUUGUAUCAUAUCAUAUAAUAUAGUAUCAUAUUGUAUUAUAUCAUAUCACAUCCUAUCAUAUCAUAUCGUAUAAAAAUUGUAUCAUUUCAAAUUGUAUCAUAUCGUAUUGUACCAUAUCGUAUCAUAUUGUAUCAUAUAUAUCGUAUCAUACAUCGUAUCAUUUCAUAUCAUAUUGUAUCAUAUCAUAUUAUAUCAUAUCAUAUCAUAUCGUAUUAUAUCAUAUUGUAUCAUAUUGUAUUAUAUCAUAUCGUAUCAUAUUGUAUCGUUUCAUAUGAUAUUGUAUCAUAUCUUAUUGUACCAUAUCGUAUCAUAUCGUAUUAUAUUGUAUCGUAUUGUAUCACACCGUAUCGUAUUAUAUUGUAUCAUAUCAUAUAAUAUAGUAUCAUAUUGUAUUAUAUCAUAUCACAUCCUAUCAUAUCAUAUCGUAUAAAAUUGUAUCAUUUCAAAUUGUAUCAUAUCGUAUUGUACCAUAUCGUAUCAUAUUGUAUCAUAUAUAUCGUAUCAUACAUCGUAUCAUUUCAUAUCAUAUUGUAUCAUAUCAUAUUUUAUCAUAUCAUAUCAUAUCGUAUUAUAUCAUAUUGUAUCAUAUUGUAUUAUAUCAUAUCGUAUCAUAUUGUAUCGUUUCAUAUGAUAUUGUAUCAUAUCUUAUUGUACCAUAUCGUAUCAUAUCGUAUCAUAUCGUAUUAUAUUGUAUCGUAUUGUAUCACACCGUAUCGUAUUAUAUUGUAUCAUAUCAUAUUGUAUAAUACUUUAUAGUAUCAUAUCAUAUCAUAUUGUAUUACAUUGUUUCAUUUAAUAUCAAUACACAUUAUAUUUUUGUUUUGUUUGUGUUUUUUGCUGGUUUGCAUAAGCUUUUAUUUUUAAUUUAUAGCAUAAUCACAUCUUAUUAGAGUGAAUCAAAAGACAAAAUCUCUCACACAAAUAAAGCAUAUGUUAUUGUUUCUUCUCCUAAGAUAUAGAGUGGUAUGAUAUGGUACUGUAUUGUAUCGUAUCAUAUUAUCUUGCAUCAUGUAAUGUCAUACCAUGCUGUAACAUACCAUAUAAUAUCAUAUAAAGCUAUAGCCUGUUGUAUGGUGCUGUAUCUACAUAGAGACAGCUACUACUGCAUCUGUUGUACAUGACAGUGUUGUAUGAACCCUGUUAUAUCAUAUUGUAUCACAUCAGUCAUAUCCUGUCAGUUCAUGGUUUUCCAUUAGUGAUGACAGGACCUUUAUCAGUCCUUAGUAAUUUCCUGUUCAUUCAUGAGAAUCUCUGUCUAAAGUGAGUCAGACAUGACUGUCAUCAAAGCGCCCUCUGACAGGAAAAGCAGCUACAGAAAAAGGCAUUAUGUUGUCAUGUCUGCAUCCGACCAGUAUGUCUGUUUUUCUACUUUCCUCAAAGAGCUUUUUGUUACGCUGUAUAACCCUGCCCAAAACCCCCAGAUUGCUUUUUCUUUCCCCCAGUGGGAUUAUAUAGAGAGCUGCUUGUCUGGAUGCUGCUUUAUGUUGUAGUGGACCAGAUCGGUAACAGAAAUGUCUCCCUGAUUUGUUUUGACUCACCCCAGUCAAACUUACUGACCCGACUCAUAAAGCAGUUUUUCCGCCCUCUCUGACUCGCUCGACCCUUGACCUAAUACAGGGGUAGGUUAGGGGCCCAAGGGUGCCGCACCACGUGGAGGGCAGCAGUGAGGUCAGAGAUCCAAAGGAAAAAGUCACUCAGAGGAAGAGGAGGCGCAUGGAUAGACAGCAACAACCUUUGUGCUCCUGUCUGCUGUUUCAACUUAAGAGAAAUUGGCGUAAAAUAAUUCUCUGGUUUUUGAAGGUCUUCUGAAAACCGUCCCAUGGGGGGCAGCUGGAGACAGUUCAUGUUACCAAUAUGCUGCUACUGUAGAUCUCACUUUGUUUGCUUUCACACACAGCAGUAUGGACAAAAACACACGCUUUAGGAAGAAGGAAUGCACAAUGUUUUGAUCCGAGGCGAUCUGCAUUGCUCAUUAAGAUGCUUGGCAAAUGUGUGUUUGUGUGCGGGGGCUUGUUGAGUGCAAGUAUGGGGGGCAGGAAAACCACCUCCAUAUGGUGAAGCAGCCCCACAGAGCCCCCUUUUUUCCAUAAGCUGCUUCCCCCAACACCAACCUCAAAUACCUCACACACACACACACACACACACACACACACACACACACACACAGCUGAUGUAUAGGAAAAUAGGUUAAAGUAGCAUGAAGCCUGAGGUUCUCCAGACAGUCUUUGCCCUCCUUCCCCGCCCCCUAUCACCCCUCUGUGGUCUCAUUCACAGUAGCAAAGCCGCAGUCUGCCUCAACUUCAUCCCAAUAUGAAGAUUGAUUGAGAUCUUGUUCACCUUUUGAUUAUGUUUUCCUCUCUCUCUGGCUUUUCCACAGGGCGCCCCUGGUCCCCAUGGAAACCCUGGCCGACCUGGUCCACCCGGGCUAAAGGUAUCUCACACACUUCUAAUCACAAAUGACUCUUUAUUUUUAUCGCCAAAGGUCCGGGAACAGUGAGAGUGUUUCUACUUUCGCUGAUUACCUACCUGCCUUUUCUUCUAAAUUCAAUAACACCCACGUAACCUUAUUUGCCCUUUUCGUGACCAAGAAUCCCUUACAUGUCAAGUUUUUCUUAAAUCAGCUGGAAUCCAUAAAGAGCACUGAGGGUAAUGGAGCUUUAAGGCUGAAGAUUCAGGGCCAUUUCAGUUCACAGCAGCCACACCUGGUUGUUUGAGACACUCAGACUCUUGAGCGGUGAAUAAUCGAGAGAUCUAUCACCGUAUCACUUUCACAUGUGUGCUGCAAAGAUGAAUGUCAGUAUCCCUUUUGACUCUAAUUCCAUUUUGGUUUCCAUAUUUUUGUAGAUCUGCCCAAUUUAAGCUCCAAACCUGCUGUCAUGCGUAAAUGUUUAUGAUUUUAAACGGCGUGUACGUCUGAGUGUAAACGUCUUGCAUCUCACGCGGAAAGUAAAGGGCAGUUGGAGUUGAAGUGAUUUAUUAGAGCUCCAGGAAAGGAGGCUACAAGUCUGAAAACGAGAACUUCUAAUAAAUCUGUCUCACUUUAACGUGUGAACAGGAGUUGACCCUGCUCAAGACAAAUUCUCUGAUUCUUUGGACUGAUUUGUGCCUUAGCAAGCACCCUUAACCUCUGCCACUGUGUGGUCAGAGUACACACUGAAGACUCGUACCUAUAUAGAUGCAUUAUAAAAAUACCUUUGACAAAUGUCGACUGUGUACCCUGAUCCCCAGAGACCUCGGCUCUCGGAGUCAACCAAAGUGACCGUAUUUGUCCUUGUCUCCUUGGAGUGGUUGUAUGUUUUUCCUUUUUUAUACUCUACCCAGAUUUUUAAACCUCUCUCCAGCAUUUAGAUUUACAAUUCGCAUUCGAUUUUGAUUACCCAAUCUAAUCUUAUCUAGUUAAUCGUAUUGUAUCAUAUUUUUGUAUUGUAUUGUAUUGAGCACCACUCUCUUACAUCUGCAUUAAAAAUGUCAAGGGAAACCCGAUAUUCCAACUUAGCUUAACAAUCCAAAAGGCAAAAUCCAAAUACAGACACCAGGGGACAAAUCACAAAGAACAACUGGGGACACAAGCAUACGUUCACACAUUGACAUACAAUGAACCAACAAGGACAGAGGGGAAGACAGGGACUUUAUACACACACAGGGAAACGAGCAACAGGUGAGGCAAACGAAACACAGGUGAAACUCAUGGGUAAUUAACGAAGGACAGAAAACUAGGGAAGUAAAGUCAGACUAGAAACACAAAGGCUGUGUCCGAAAUGGAUCCCUAACCCCUUUAAAAGCGACUAUAUGGGGGUUAGCGCCAUUUUGCGGGGUGUCUGAAACCUGAUUGAUCAAUUCCAAUGCCCCAUGUAGGCGACUCAAAACUUCCCAUAGAUUAUUGCAAAAUGUAUUGACCAUCCGAUGGUCACUCACCGGUGGUGGGAGGUUUUUUUAUCUUCACCUCACUCGCAGGUGAUCCGUACAGUUUUCGAAAAACAAUUGUUUGCUGCGUCAUAUAGUCUCAUGCACAGUAUGACGCAGCAAACAAUAUUUGGCACGAAAAUAUAAGGCCUUUUAAAUAAAUUACAAAUUUUUUUAUUUUCUUAAUUUUUUUAUUUCACGAACAUCCUGGAAAAACAAAUACAUCUAAACAACAUCAUAAAAUUCAAGAGAUGUGAAAACAACAGCUCAGACACGGCAGUCUGAGCAGUGACAUCACAACGGUGCGCCAUGUAGUGUCCAAAACCUCCGGUGAUUGAGCUCACUACAUAGUCAGCUAUAUAGAGAAACCCCAUAUGGUGGUUAGGGGUUAGGGAUUGAGUGAUUCAUUUUGGACAAGGCCAAAGACUCAACUACUACAAAAUAAAACAGUAAACACUGAAAACAGACAUAAAGAGUAAAACAUAGAGAAAAGGAAGGAAACAGAGUCAAACACAAAUUGUAAACUCACAAGACAGGACGACAGGGAAACACUAGGGAACAGAAACACUAAGAAUAAGAAGAACUUUAUUAUCCAGAAGGGAAAUUCAAUAGGGAAAAUCACUUUGAAAAUGCACUCAAAUAACAAAACCAGGGAAAACUAAAUCAACAGCACAUAUGACAAGCUUGAAAUCAAUAUCAGAGACCUACAAAAGUAAACAAGACCAUCAGUGACAAGACUUGGGACAAUGACUGAUGGGAUUUGGCGCUAUAGAGAUAAAGAUUGAUCUAUUGAAGAUUGAUUGAAGACUGACCAUUUCUAUUGAAUAAGUAAAUGUCUUUUUUUAACCCUAAACAGUGUCAAAUUAAAUCAUGCCAUUAAUAAGUUUAAAUAGUUUUGUAGUUGCAUUUAAGAUGACCAAUUCGACUCCUGUAAAACCAUAAUAGGGCCAUGAAAAGGUCAUCUGAUUGUGACUUUCUCUUUAGCACACGAGAUUUUCGAGGAUUAGAUAAGAAGACUAGUGCUGGGUGCAGCAUGAAUACUCAAAAGAGGGGGAAACAUCUGUCCUUAUUGUGCCCUAAAGUAACAAAUUCACAUGGCUCCCCUUUGAGGCCCAUAUAAGAUUUCAUUUCUCCACUUUGUCCAAAACCUGAUCUAUAAAAAUGACAGUUUGUAUUUUUAUCCGGGGUUAAAUGUUCGAUGAUUCUUUGGAUGGGAGCGUUGACUUCCUGGAAUCUCCUGGAGAUCUCAGUCACUGCCAACAACUGAAUUAUAGUCAGCUUUAUGGGUAGCAAAUGCACAUUAUACUAGAUUUUGGAAGCGUUUCCUCAAGGCAAUCUACAUAUCAUGUUACUGUAUAAAAGUCUGCUCCAAUUCUAACCAAGGACUUAAGUUUCUUUCUUCAAAUAAAUCAAAUAAAGGACAAACAGGUGUAUCCUAAAAAAUCUGAUGAUGAUAAUAAAAGUAGUUUGUAAAAGUAAUAUGAGUUGCAACCACAAAAAAACAGGCCAACAUGCCAAGUAACAAGUAGAUUGUCUGAAACUCUGCCUCACUUAAUAACCAGUUUGGGGAUUUUCUGGCAGGGUGGUGCAGAGCAGGCUUCCUCUACCUGUCAGGUGUGCUAGGAGGAUGAUUUUCAGAGUGUUUGAUGUCUGGGGGGCACAAGACUAUUUCCCUUUUCAUCGUUAAUAAAUGAAACCAAGUUGUAAAUAGCAGGGGGCCAUGGAGAGAGACAGAGUCAGCACUCAGUGUAAUUUCCGAUUCAUAGCUUUGAUGUGCUGAAGUCUCAUUAUUGUUACCUGCUGACAAUGAGGCCUGGUGUGUGUGUGUGACUGGAGGGGGACUGAGCCUAAAUAAUGCAGCUAAGGAAACCAUCUGGACUUUGAUUUUAUCAGUUCAUGGUAACUCGAUCCUUUUCACCAAUUGAAGCUUCCUAUUAUCCAGAGUGAGGCCGGCUUUUGUGACCUCUUCCUAAAUCCAUGUGAAAGAAGUUGGCUGUUUAAUUUUGAAGUUAUCACGACUCAGUCAAACACUCUUUGAGACCAAACUGCAAAUGUAAAAUUCUGCUUUGUGUUUUUCUGCUGUGUGUUAGGGGAGAAAAGGAGACCCUGGCAUCUCACCUGGGCCAGCACCUAAAGGAGAGAAGGUAAUUUACACAUCCUUUUUUUCCCCACACUACAUCCAUUCAUAAAAAUUCCCUUAAAACAGCUAUUUGCUCAGGCAGUAAUUUCGCUUAUCUGUCUUUUGACGUUGUUGUUUUGCGCUCUCAGGGGGACUCAGGGAUUAUUGGCCCGCUUGGACUGACUGGACAAGAGGGGAGGAAGGUAAGACAGAGCGAAAACCACAUCCAGCCCCUCGAAAUUAUUCCUUAAUGCAGGCCAGCAUUGAUCGAUUGAUGUUGUGUGAGCGAACACAGUGCUUACAGCUGCAGACUUAAAUGUAAGGCCAUUGAAAAAGUUUGGUAAAGUCCAGAAAAGAAGGCUUGCAUGAGUCACUGUCACCAUUUCCUAAUCCCUGUGUUGUUGUGUUACAGUACGCCUGUUGUACUGUAAUGUCUGCAUGUAUCUGCGUGCACGUUUGUGCACAAACCCACUGAUCUUCGUAAAGACUCUUGUCUCUUUCUUCUUAAUUCUCUCCAUCACUCCGUCUCCGCUUGUGCUGUCGUCACCAUUUUUUCCAUCUGUGUGCUGGAUCUAGCUCAGAGGGGUCUUAAUGUUGGCAGGAAGGAUGUCAUGAGGGAUGGAGGGGGAAGUUUUUGUCAUCAGCGAAACAAGGAUAGGGAUCAUGCACUGAAACAAAGAAUUGUAGUGUCAGACGUUACUGAAGUCACAACUUGAUUGAUUUGCGAGAAUUAAUGCGGAAAUGUGAGCCAGAUUCUGGUAGAAGAGGUUGAAACAAGCAUAUAGGUCUAGAGAAAAGUCUAUAUCUGGGAUGAGUCGACCUGUAGGAUUUGGUAAAUUCAGGUCAGAUCUCAUGUCAGUUGGUGUUUACUUGAUGAUAAUAAGAUGAUACACAUGAUAGUGACUUCCACUGACGCACUAUUAGUCUUAUUCUCCAUGGGUUGCAGUUUUGAGGGCCUGAAUAUGCUCCCUUAAAGCGCAUGUAAUGCUGCAUUCGAGUGACCUCGGAAGUCAGAUGUUGGAGCUGAAAAUGACGUCAUACCCGUGUUCACAGCGUUUCAGUUACCAAGUCGGAAAAAAGCAAAAUCGGAGGCCAGAAACAAGCUGGCUACGUCUACGAAAGUUAUUUUAGCGCUUGCCUUAUAUUGGGACAAAGCAAGCGCUAUAAUAACUUUCGUAGAUGUAGCCAUCUUGUUUCAGCCUCCCAUUUUGCUUUUUUCCGACUUGGUAACUGAAACGCUGGGAACUCGGGUGUGACAUCACCUGAGCUAAAGCUGUCCUCAUGGCAAUGCUGCAUUCCCAAUCAAACAAAAAGUUGGUUUUUUUUAAGGGCUUGAAAUACUUGUAGAGUCACCAAACAUGGUACACAAGAGCCAGGCGAAGUCAUAGAUAUCAUAUCCCUAGAUGCCUCACGACCCUGCCCAGGAUGCGUCAAGACUGCCACCAUCUUGAAGCUGUGCUUGUCGACGGUUUUGUGAAGCCUGUGGUUUACCUGAAAACAUCAUUUGUUUACAUUCAACACCACGCUUGCCAGCAGUCACCAGUACCACUCCAAGAUGGCGGCAGGUCUUGACAUAUUGCUGCAUUCCAGUUACCUCGGAAGUUGGAUGUCGGAGCCAGUUAACAAGUUGGAAAACCAAGAUGGACGCCUACCGUUAGUAGUUGUUAGCUGUUGUUUACAAUUUUCAAGUGUCGUUAGCCGCUGUCAGUUGUUGUUAGCCGUUGUAAGCAGUUGUUAGUUGUUGUUAGCGAUACCAGUAGUAAACAGCGCAUAACACAGUAUUUUAUUCUUACACACACCAUAGCACAGUGUUCACAGUUAGACGUUGGGCAGUACAGCAUAUACCACCUAUUUAAUUCCACAAAAACAAAACAGAGGUGCUAAUAAAUAAUACAUUAUGAGAGCUUAGUGCAACCUACUUAUGUGCACCAGACAGCUUUAAUUUAUUGUGAGUUUUAGCUUUUAUUUGACUGAGAAGCUUGAGAGAGACAGGAAACGUGAAAAGAGAGACCAAAGUCAUUAAUAAACAGCUACAAUGGUUAGCUGUCACAGUUUAAUCAAAGUUAAAAUUAAAACUACCAUCAGCCAGAUCUACACGUCAGGCUAGUAACAGGAGGCAGCUCUACAGCUCGGACACAACAUAUGACCUGCAUUUCAGGCUAACAAGGAUAAAAGAUAGUUACUAUUUGUUUAACGUACUAGGAGCGAAGUUGUCAGGGAAAAGUGGUUAAAGCAACUCUAAUACAGGACAUGACUUAUGCAACUGUCUUAGUGAGUCAUUACAUGAGCUAAAAUAAUCUGCUUCACCUUUUCCUAGAAACAAUCACAUUAAAAUGCCCGUCUCCUGGCAGCAAACAUCCUUAGAAAAUAGCAUUAUGUAAUGAAAUGAACUGGACUGGCAUUUCUAGCAAAGUAGGAGAGUUAAUAGAGCGAUUGAGUGUAGCAGGUAGACUGUUUACAUUUAAGCAGAGGUGUGAAGUACCCCUGUCUGUAUUCGCUAUCUUCCCAUGAGCCCCAGCGCUCUGUAACAGACUGGAGUUGGACGACUGCCUCCAGCUUAACAUAUGGCUUUUGUUAGGGGUCUGCCUUCCUCUGUGUAUGUCUCUGUGUCCAUUUGUAUAUCUUUGUCUCUCUCUUUCACACACACUCAGAGUGGAAAAUGUAAAGGUGGUGGAAAAUAUUCACAGGGUUCUUUCAGACUUAAUGAGUCCUGGCAGUGAUUUGACGGCCUAUCAGAAAGUUACACCAUGACAUACAAAUCAGAGCUGCAGGUGAGAGAGAGCAACAGCUCAGGAAUGACAGCUUAUACGAUUCUGAGGUUAGCCACAAGUUAUUCUUUCGUUCGAAGGUAAGCUCACCUGGCAGGGAAGGACCUGUACGCCCCACAUAGAGUAAGAUGAGCUGAGCUGGUGAAGCCCUAGGAAACACUGCUGCUGCUUGUUAGGAGCCAGAAUUGACCGUAUUCACACAGGAAGGCUGAUUUUUCACUCAGAGUGGAAAGCUAAAAGGGUUUCUCAGCAACUGAAAGAAAAGUGACCAUUUAGUUUUGGAUAUCAUGGUAAAAUAUCAGAGUUUUUAUUUUAAAUAACUGACAAAAGCAACAGUCAUAUUAUCUGAUCAAAGCAAGCCCUUGCUUUCGGAGGGGAGCAUGUAGGCUGUAAACACAACACGUUUAAUCAGAUCAAAGUUAAUCUGAUAUGUGCGAAACUUUAAUGUCUUGCACUGUGAAAUCGUACGUAAUGAGUUACAAAUUGAUGAAUAAAUAAUCAUUGUCACUACCCACCUGUUCAUGCCCCUGCACUAGAGAUUAUAAAAUUCUCUGACUUUGCAUUUUAUUUAUUUAAGUUGAUUUUAGUUUCAAUUACAUAAUUUAUUAUAUAUCAUUUUUUAUUUUAUUUUAUAAUUUGACUUGAUUUAAUUUGAUUUUUUUUUCAUUUCUUUCAUUACUUUAUUUUAUUGUUAUAUUUCAUCUUUACAUUAUAUUUCAAUUUAAUUCUUUUAUUUUUUGUUUAUUUCAUUAUAAUAUUUUUUCAAAUUCUAUUUAUUUUAUUUUUGGAUUAUAAGUGUACUUGUUUUAUUUGAUCGCAUUAUAUUUGAUCUCAUUUUGUUUUAAUUUUCUCAUUUUAUUGGUUAUUUUAUUAUUAUAUUUCAUCUAAUCUAACUUAUUUUAUUAUAUCUAAAUUUAGAUUUUUUAUUGGUUUAUUCUACUUAUAGCCUAUAUUACAUUUUAUUUUAGCUUAUUUUAUUCUAAUUUUAUAUCUUUUUUUAGUUUAGUGUAACAUUUUGUCGUAUUUGAAUUUAUUUUCUGUUGUUUUUUAAUUUUUUUAUUUAUUUUACCAGACAUUUAAUGGUCUUGGGUUUUUUCAGUCUCUUAAUUCGGGCAAAAAUAUGAUAACGAAAGCAGAAACUCAUCCUAUUACACAGAGUAAACUUGUGCAAUAGAAAAAGCUUUAAAGCGCAGUUUUACUCCAACCUGAAAGAAUGAUCAUAUCAAGUGCUUACAAGGCAAAUUAUCCAUGCAUCAGUACAAAGUAUACCAGGCUGUUAUUCAGAGUGUGAGCGGCCCAUGUGAACAGCUAUAGUCUGUUAAGUCGCUCAUCAAUCACAGAGCAGUAAGAUUACAGCUUUUUGAGAGAUUCCCCACAUUCAUAAAACCUGGAACAAAGUAGUAUAAAGUUAUGACAAUGUAGAGGUUCAGUGUGACUUCAGAGGAAAAUGGCUGCUGUGUGAAAAUGGUUAAUGACAGAUCCUCGUUUAUGGGAAACUGUUACCAUGGCGAGUCCAUCAACACACACUCUGUCAUCAUCCCAGCAUGCCUCAGGUUUUACUCAGUGAACCACAGGCACGAUGACUGUAAAGGAAACUUGUGAAAUUAGCCACAAGGAGUCAGCUUUCUUUCCGUACACAAACAUAAAGACACUUCUUAACUCAAGCGUUAAACAAUGCACAAUAAACUCUCUUCACACUGUUGAUGCUGCGUGUCUACACACUGUACCUUUAAUGAUAGAGGUGUUAGUCAGUGUCCAGUCAGUCGCUCAGACUGUCUAGAAACAGGUUUCGUUUUGUUCUGUGUCUCUUCAGCCGGCUCAGGUGGAAAGUUUAAGGUGUGUCCAGUCCUAACGUCUGUCUCUUCACAGACACUUGCUGUGAGGCCAAUGCAAUAUUAAAAAUCAAUGGUGGUUUUCUCUGCAGUUAAAUCCCAGUGGUAGGCCACCCUGAAUCUCCCAUGUGCUGCUUCUUCCUCCUCAUGCCUCUCGCUUUGUCUCGCUUGCUUGGCUCUGAACUCUGCGGUUUAGGAAAACGGGACAACGGCAGCUUUUUCUCUGUUUUCUUCUUUAUUUUUUUUUCCUUCCAUCGACUUAUUCACAUGAAAACACACAAACACACACACGCACAGGUUUCUAUACUCGCUGACUCUUAAUCAGCCUUAGCUUGACACUUCAGUCGGGAAUUCUGGAAUUUGGCCGCUGGUUUUCCAUGGAAAACCUUAAUGGGGAAAGCAGUGGCGCUUUGAACGUGCGAUGGAAGAGUGUGAUUUUACACCGACAGACAAGCCAAGCAUGUUCCGCUCUGCACAACAUUUGUUCUACCAAGCCGAGUCUGAAUGGCUUUUCAAUAUGGCAGGCGAGGUCAGGGAGAGGGGACUCGCUCGGGGCCAAACCUCAACUACAAGGCCACAUAACAGAACAAGCCACACUUCUCACCUUUCUGUCUAUUUUAUGCUUUCUUCUCUGUCUCUCCCCUCUGUUAGAUGAUAUUCUUCUUCUCCUCUUAAUGUUAGCCUUUUUGCACAUCUGUCUUUCACGCUGUGUCUGGUUUUCCUCCUUAAAAGCCAAAAAAAUGUGCAGUAGUACAACUAUUAUCAGGAUUGAUACCAGAUCUUGAGAAAGAAAUGCGCUGGCCUGGCUUGUGUUGGGUUUUUGGGUGCAGACAUCAAUUUGCGUGUGUGUAUAAGGUCAUGUUUGUUAAUAGGGAUGUGAAGGUACCUUGCACAGAUGCUAUAUCUUCAUAUUGGAGUGUCACUAUAGCUCAAUUCAUAGUUCUCCUAAAAAAGCCCAUCCAGUUAAAAGGAGGUAAAAUGAUUUGAGGCGAUUACCAGCAGGUGUUUGACAGUUUAAAUCAUUUUCUUCUCCUUCAUUUAUGUAGGACAUAAGUCUAUCUGAAGCUCCCACAGACAUGAUCCAAAACUCUUUUUCCUCAUUUAGCCCACUGUUCAAACUAACAACUCCACAUGCUCAUCAUUACUGUAAUUGGGAAACUUCAAAUCAACCAUCAUCUCUUUGCAUUUUUCCCAAACCAGACGACAAAUCAGCGCUCUUCUUCCCUUUAACAUUCAGUCGAGAGUGAAGAGCAGGCAAAGAUGAGAUGAGGGAUGUUUUUCCAACGUGUAGAUUACAACCAAAAUUGUCCGGCUGGGUUGUUUGUUUCGUGAGUCCCUGCCAGACUUCCGUGUGGAGGGUUUAUGUCGUGCUGUACAUGCAGCGCAUGCAUGGAGCCAGACGAUGGCUCGGAGCGAUCAUCUGGCUUCGCUCUGUAGAGGGGAUUUGGAUUGUGAGAGGUGGAGAGAUGAAAGCGGAGAUUAAUGAGGUGACUGGUAUAUUUCUGCUACCAGUGGAGGCAGACUGCAAAACCCACAUAUCUGUCACUUGUGGUGUUCGGUUGUUAACAGACACGAGGCGGCGCUCAUUUGAACACCCACAAAGUCAAGUGUGUGCAGAGCGACGUGUCAUCGGCAAACACAAUGUGUCUUUUAUUUUGUUUCAGCCGAAAUGGGCUUAAAUCUCCCCUGGGCCAUGCCUUGGCUUAGAAGGAUUGGGAACGGGAGGAAAAAUACUCUCAGGGUGCUACCGGGGAGCUGUUUUAAAUGAAAAGCACUCUGGUGGGUUUAUCUGAUUGAACACACAUGCUCGUUAAGCAAGUGGCACUGUGAACACAGGCCGCACAGUGGAAAUGGCAACUCUCAUUAGUGAGUUCAUAAUGAGUUAGAUAAGGAUCAGAGAUGGUCUAACAGAGGUUGAGAGGCUGCGGCUAAUGCCCAGGAACCAUAGAAUGUGUAUCUGUGAGUAUGCAAGUGUAUGUAGAAGUUGAGGACCAAGUGAGCUAUGUUUGUGUGUUCAUAUUUCUGCCUGUCUUUGUUUGCAUGUUUGUAAUAAACCGUAUAAAACCUGUCUGUCAGUUAUGUAUCCACUGGGUUAGUAAUGGGAAGAACAGUUCUUUAUACUGUACUGAAUCUUUAGAAUCCGGUCAUUAAAAUGAUUCGUUCAAAAGAUUCGCUCACUGAAUCAGCCAGUGCUUGAGAUCCCCAUCCUGCCGGGUGCAGUGACACAGCGGCACUGAUCGGGAGUUCAUUCAUUAAACGAGCCCCUCCCCUCCCCUGCUGCUGAAGUCACAGCGUCGUUUACUGGGUGACACAUGUCGUUCAUUCACCAAGUCGUGAAGGAGGAAUCUCUCCCCUGCCCUGAAAAACUCACUUCUCUGUGUGCGGCUGAUGUUCGAUAGUGAAACAACACAGUAGCAAGCAGCACGCCCGCUAAAUGAGCGCAAGUCGUCUUUCUUUUACAUUGUGGAAAAGUUGAGCGAUUAAAAAUAAAUACACAAUAACGUGAACGAUGCUACACACCUCCCUCCUCUGCCUGUCUCAAGUCAUUCAGAAGUUGUUUGUUUCCUUCACAGUCUGACUGAUACGUGUCGUUCAUUCGCUGUGAGCAAAUCACGAGACUCCGCCCACCCUGUGGCUGGCUGUGUGUCAUUCGCCAAAGAGUCAGAGGCGGCAGUUCCACUCCCGGCCGGCAUGCCACGCUCACAGCUGAGCUCAACUGGACUGAGAGGGGAACGAAUCAAGUCUUGGAGUGAUUCCAUUCACGUCGUUCACUCAGCAUUUCUGUUCUUUUGAACGAAUCGUUCAUGAAAGACACAACACUACACUGGGUUACCUAAGAGGGAAAUCGUGCAGAGCUAUAUUUAAAAAAUCAAAAUUAAAACUGAUUAAUCACCCAGUCUGUUUUUAGCACAUAUGCAUUCAAUACUACAUUUUGCCACUUUACUUACAUAUGCAUGUUUCAUUGCAUGCAGUGACAUCUGUCAAGUGGAGGAGCAAAUGGAAAAAAACGAAUCAGCACGUGGACAUCCCUGUUAAGACACAUUCAGGCAGGGUUUGGAAAACGCAAAUUCAUCAACACGUUAUAAUAACAGCCCAACAGGCACCGUUAGAAAGGAAAUUUUUGAAAGGUCAGACACGGGCGCCAUGUGUCUCCAAGCGCAUGCAUCUCUGCCCUCUUCAUAACACUGCUUACCAAUAGAGCUUUCAUAAAAUUAUGGAAAACACUCUUGUGUUUCUGAUUAAUGGCUGCGGUCUGUCAGCACCUGGUGACACAUGUGUUUGUUUUAAUUGUAUUACGCAUGUACAGCGCUUUCAUCCCGGCUCCAAGCAUCUCCUCCUGGUGGUCUCCCAAUGAUGUGCGUGGGUAAAUCUUAAAGAAGCUCGGGCUUUUCUUGAUGAGCUGUUAAGAAUUUCAACUGUGAAGGGAAAAGCUACCUUAAAUCCAGAAACGUGUGUGUCUUAUUUGAACUAUAAUACAGGGAAACAAGAGUAUUGUUGACACAGUUGCUGUAACUAUUAAAAGACUGAACAUGGAGUACAAUGCUGACAAUGGUGGUUUAAAGUGCUGGUAUGAAGGUUUAAGCCAGUGGGAGUGAUCACGUAACAUAAUGAGAAGAGAGAUGCUGUCUUCUUUUCCCCUGCAGGACGAAAGGGAGGUUUACAGGAACUCAGGGAGUCUUGGCUUGGCAUUCAGGAGCUGUGGUUUAGGAAAACGGGCCAUCAGGAAUCUUUCCUUUCUUUGCCCUUCUGUUUUUAUUUUUAUUUUCCCCCCCUUCUUCCCUUCCCUUCCUUUCCUCUCUCUCCCGCUGUCUUGCUCUAUCAAACUGUGGUCUGGAAAGGCACGUCUUCCCACCUUUGAUUUAAUUCCCUCCGCUCUUUGUUGGGGGUCUGUGUUGCUGGAGUCAGCAGAACUGCAGACAAGUACUAUAUGUCAGGCUGUCUUCGGUGUUGUAGUCCGCUCUGCAGGCGGAUGAAGGGAAUGAGGGAGUGCUAUCCGACUCUAACAGGAAGGCAUUUAUAUCCUUCAACAUGGCAUUAUCCUGGCACGGCUCCUCUGCCAGCGGAAAGUCUUAUGUCUCAACAAAAAGGCAGAUUGAUUCAGGGGCUUUUUUUCUGUGUUGUAAGCAUUGAUGUGCGAAUUUUACCUUGCACGAAAACUACACAUGCUGGUCUGCAAGCUGUUUUUCUGUCACCUUUACAGAAUUAGACACUUGGACUAACUUGUAAUUUCUGUUGUGUCUCCUCAGGGACAGAAAGGUUACCCGGGUCCACCUGGACUCCCUGGAGAACCUGUAAGUAUCAUCCUUCACUUAAUUAAACCUUUUUUUUUUUUUUUAUUCCUCGGAUACAAAUUAAAUCUCGUUCAGUUGUGUUUGCGCUGUUCUCAAAGGAAAAUCAUCAAAACCCAAAUUUUAAAUGUUUCAGAUGUUCAAACAGGAACGUUUUAUUGUUUUAUGAGAAAGAUAUGCCAGUUUUUUAAUUUGAUGCCAGCAACAUCCUUGAGAAAAGUUGGGACGGGGUGAUGAAAUGUGUUGUGUAAUGUUGAAAAAAGAUCUGGAGGGGAUCUCCCAAUGAAACCAGAUUAAUGUGCAACAGGUUAGUAACAUCGCUGGGAAUGAGACUCCAGAGAGGCUCCCAGAAGUAACGAUGGGAAGAGGUUCACCACUCUGAGCAAAAAGUUCAUCACUUCCCAAAUAAUGUUCUUCAGGAUAAGACUGCAAAGACCCUGUGAGAUUUCAUCAUCUAUACAUAAUAACAUGAACAGAUACAGUGAAUCUGGAGGAAUCUAGAUGGCCAUGAUCUUCGGGCCCCUCAGAAGGAGCCGCAUGUGUCGAACUGAACCAUAUACAAUCAUGACCUCUGGUGACUUCUCUGGGCCAAACCCCUAAUGCUAAACUCUGUAUGCAGGCUUUGGAGCAACAUUUCCUGACACCCAGAUGAUGCAUUUAGCAGGAAAUACCUUGCAUAUAUUUAAGCAAGACCACAUCCUGCACAUAUUACAACAGCAUGGCUCUAUAGUAGAAGAGUCUAGCUGCUAAAGUGGCCUAACUGCAGCCCUGACUAAUGACUUGGUUGUAUCAUAAAAACGAAAAAUACAGAUACACAAAGCUGUUGAGCAUCCGAGAUUAAGCAAGAAGAGAAAAUUUUCUCAUCCAAACUCCAGAAACUAGUUUUCCUCAACUCCCACAUGUCUAUAGAGCUUUGUUAAAAGAAAAAAGAAUGGUAAACACGCCCUUUGAAAAGUUUUGCUUACAUAAGAUUCAAUAAUAGCGUAUUUUGGAGUAUAUUUCCCGCAAAACAUUUGAAUAUUUCUGUUUCAUAUAGAGCACCAUUUUCAGCUAAAUGAUGUGCAAACCAUCAAAAUCUGUUUUCUCUUUAACAAUUAACAAAGUAUUCCAGCUUUUCGGGAGGAUUAGGAUGGUAUUUGAUGAUAUCAAUCAAUACUUGUUGCACAUCCAAACACCUCAACUUCAUGCGUUUGCCUUGAAGCACACCUGAAUAGGCAUUUCCCACCAUUAAGUGCUUUUAUCAACGACUAACACCUCAUGUUUUCGCCUCAUUCUUUAAAAACUCAGUCACCAUCUUCUCGGUGUGUGUGAGUGUGUGUUUGUGUGCGUGCACUGAGCAUGCCCGUAGGGUCGCCAGAUUAGAUUAGCCUGUUAUGAAGCACUGGUGAGGACAGACAUCUGGCCGAAGCGCUGUGCUGCAGCGAUGCUCUCCAGGAUGUCAGAAAGCGAUGCCAAAGAGAGAAAAAAAACAGAGGGAAGAGAAACAUGAUCAAGCCAACUAGGUCAACAGUGACACACUCACGGCUGUUACACCACAGCUUUGGAAAAUUUCUCUUUGUUUUACUUUUUUUUUCCCCCGGAUAUUGUUAUUCAUUCUCUUUCAAACAUAUUUUACCAUGAUGAGUUUUUUUCCUUUAUAGUCUUUUCCUCUCUUCUUCCUAGAAAUGAGGAUAUCAGUUCAAUGAACUCUCUAUCCGCCGCUAAAGGAGGGUGGAGACUCUGUCUGUUUAGUCCAGCCCUAAAAAGACUAUUUUAAGUAUGGAGCAUCCAGCCUCUCGUCCAGAGCUAUUUUCAGCCAGGCUGGGUCAUACUACUGUUUGUAUUAAGCAAAGGCCUUAGUCAUGGAAAGCAGAGUGGAACAAACUCCUCAUUGUCACUCAGUUUGAAGAAGGUCCCCGUUCCUGUGACGUCACGAGCACAGGGAGUUCCCUCGCCACUAAUCACGGUGGUUUUUUGCCUCUCAGCAACAUGUCCUCCCACUCCGUUCAUCCUCAAACGCCCCCGUCGUUCCCACAGAGCUCUCGCUGCUUCUGCUUAAGACGAUGUUCUGAGUCAGAAUCACCAUAGCACCAACAGCGGACUAAUAACCACAACUGUUUGGCAGUGUGGACUCUGCUGAGGCUGUUGGGAGCAGAGGCCAGCUGGUGUGAACACAGUGUUGAUGACUCUGUGUUACAGUAACAUAACAUGGACCAAAGUCAGAGCUCCUCCUGAUCGCUGGCCGGUUAAAGAUCCAAACCUGUCUGGUCCAGCUCCUUGUCUGCUCUGAGCUGGCUGCAUGGCGCUCUAUAUUUAUCCAGGAGAGGGUUUGGUGAGCUGUGUGCAUGGCUGCACAUCAGGAGUGUGUGAAAGGAAGUUAAACAUGAACACUUGUGCUCUGUGGAUUCUGGACACAACCCGCUUCUGUGUGUUAUGCCAACUCACUCACACAUACAGACAGACACACAUCAAUAAAGGGAACUCCUAAUGAACUUCUAUGUUGUGCAAACAGACCACAUCUGAGGAGUAUGGGAGCAGAAACUGAGAGUAAACAUGAAUGGGAAUAGUUAAACAAACUCGUUCAUUUACAAGUCUUUGACACCAAUUUGCAGAACAUGUGCACAACUAUUUUAGUACAAGUCACUGACCUCUGGAGUGUUCAUAUUUUCGAACUUCCACAUAAAAAACACUUGAAUUUUACCAGAAACUCUCAAGAAGGAGCUCAUAAUGCCAUUGCAUUUUUUUAUCUGUGCACUUUAAUUCCCAGCUCAUCCCCACCGUUUGUGUUUGCUUAUUUUGAUAAAGCUUUGCAUCACCAUUCAGUGUGUGCAAAAUGUGUGUGUUCAUUGCCUUGUACUACUAUAAAGGAGCUGUAAUCUAGGUGAGCAUAUCCUGACUUCCCAAAAAAGAGGACACAACUACACGUGGGCGGAGUCACAGAGUCGCACAAAGUUAAUUUUGAGAGUCUUUUGGGUCGGAUUGAGUGUCUUUUAUGCGCUUCUAACUCAGUAAGUUCAUGUGACACAAACUCGAAACUUCACAUAAAACCGCGGACAUUUGAAGGAUUUUAUAAACUUCCCCAGACAAAGCCAGACAAACCUGGACAGCCUGGACAGCCCCCCCCAAAAAGAGGGCAUGUCUGAGUAAAAGAGGACGUAUGGUGACCCUAUGUAACCCUCCUGCAGCUCUUUGAACUACUUCCUUUUUGGCUUGACAGCGAGCCUGCCUGACAUUACCCAGCAGCUCCUGCCAGUGUGAUAAUGAUGAUGAUGAUAAACUCCGAAUCUGGGGAUGUUUUUCAGCAAAGCUGUCUGAGACACUUAGGCUGCCCUUCAAGUGAUAUCAAGUUAAACGCAACUUUGUGAUAUCAAGUUAAACGCAACUUUUACUUUUUACACAGCUUUGUAGUUGUGAAACAACCUGAAAACCACCAUAUCCGGUCCCCAUUCAAUUUAAAUCAACCCCCAAAAUGUGGAAAAGCUGCGAUGGAAGCGUUACCCUCAGUGUGACUAUCUUUUAUUGGACUAUUUAAACGAUUUACACAAAAAUAAUUUUUAAAACAAGGCAAACGUGCUGAUUUGUGUCCUGAAUGUAUGGCCAGGUUAUAAAAGGAUUAUUUGCUUUACAGUUGGGCGGUUCGGGGUUUGAUCCCAGGUCUCAUUGUUAGCAUACUUGUUCUUGGGCAAGACACUUAACCCCAAAUUGACCCCGAUGGCUGUGUCUGCUGUGUGUGAAUAGGAUUAGUUAAUACUAAUGGGCUUUACAUAGCAGCCUCUGCCAUCAGUGUAUGAAUGUGGAAGCACUUAAAGAAAGUCUGAAGGCAAGAGAAAACACUGUUUUUUAAUAUCGUACAUUUACUAUUUAUCAUCUACAGUGACAUCGCAGGAUUGCAUUCAGUUUUUUUUAUACACUUGUAUGUAUAAUUUUAUAAAUAUGACAUACAGUCUGUACAUGUCAAACAAGCCCAAUAUUAAGCUUGAGCUCCAUUUCAAUGAACUAUUAACAUACUGAGUGGUGCACAAACUCUUCAUGCUUGAACCGCCUGCCUCUGAGCAGAAUGGCAGCCCUGUGUGUUCAUGUUACUGUAAUUCUGAUCACCCCCCCCUCACCUUCUCCCUCUCUCUCUCUCUCUCUCUCUCUCUCUCUCUCUCUCUCUCUCUCUCUCUCUCUCUCUCUCUCUCUCCCUCUCUCUCUUCUCUACCCCCUCCCCUUUUCUCCCCCUCCUCUCUUUUUUCCCUGCAGGGAGAGCAAGGUCCAGUCGGAAGCCCAGGUGCCAAAGGUUAUCCUGGCAGGCAGGUGCAGUAAAUCCUCUGCUGUGACUGGUACAGUUGUAGUCGGGGCCAUAGUAAGGGCACAGGGCCAAGUGGAAUUAGGUUAUGUUGAACAGCUGACUGAGGAAAAUAUUUGGGUAAAUACUGCCGAGGGGAUUUGGAACAUUUAGGAAAAAUGGUCCGAGAAAAACAUCACAAGCCGUUUAAAGGCACCAUAAAACUCAAUGAGAGCAUUUAUCCUAACGUUUUGGCUCUUGAAAUAAGGGUGUUUUAUAUUGUUGGAAGUCUCCUCUUAGCAGAACUCUGCAGAAUCUGGAGAUGUUUUUUUUUUACCCAGAUAUUUUAGAGUAUGACCAAUAUACAAUGAAAUCUGCACCAAAGAUUGUUAAACUCCAGUACUGUCAUUCUUGAUCUUGGGAAUGGGAUCACUAUCAAGAACUAUAAGAAUAUGCUGUGAAGACAUUUGCAAUAUGUCUUGUGCUGUAUUUUUAAUGCCACAUGAUAUUAGCUCAGUUUCUUAGCUUGAAUGACAAAGAGUGGUGAGAUGCCAAAAUACUUAGCCCAUUUAUUUCAAGACAUGCUGACAGGGUUCAUAUUUUAUCCAUGUGUAUAAAACGUUUGAUGUAGCUGGACUAGGGCUGUCAUUGUAUAUUGGUAUUUAUGAUAAUCAUCUUAAUGACAAAUAAUUCUACUGCGCUAGAAAUAAGUAAGUGGUUAAACUUUGAGUUCAUCGUAGGGGUCCUUUACACGAUGAGGAAGAAGAAGUAGCAGAUUUUUAGCAAGCUAGCUGCAGCAUUUAUACUUUCUAAUGGCACGCUUGGCUGUUUUCUUUCAGUUGCAAAAUUUACAACUUACCAGAAGUAGUACACUUCAAAAUAAGAGCAUAGUUUGGCCAUGCAGGAAACAAAGCAUCCUGAACUCUAUAGAGAAAAUAUUUCAAAAUAAAAGCAUUGUUUGGUAACAGAAAUGGUUAUGUGGAUAAAUCUUAAAUUUGAGCGUAAUUAGAAAUGGAUGCUGACAUGUAAGUUCAAUGUUUUGUUAAAGUUUGUGCUGAUACAAAACAUAUCAAUAAAUAUUCAUACAUAUUCUCUGGAUACAAUACAGAUUCCUUUGUUGUUUGAAUGAUACUUUCACUGAUUUUAAGUCAAGGGACAGAACUCAAGUGUAAAUAUUACAAGCUGAAAAUAAAAACAAAUCAUAACAGCAGGAGAAAUAAGAAAAGUUAUAAGGGGAUAACAUUAGGUUAAAGCUCCUGUGAGGAACUUUAUAUCUGUAUUGAUUUUGGCGCCCCCUGUGGAUAAUUUUACACAACACAAUCCUAUUUAAAGAGCUCAUGGUAAACUACAUGUCAGACGUGGAUCAGUAACCUCUAAAAUAAAGCUGCUUUUGUUUUCCAGGGUUUACCAGGGCCUAUAGGACCAGUGGGGCCUAAAGGCGUUCGGGUAAGUUGACCCAGCUUCUCACCUCCAAGUUUGCCGCUUAAAUUUGAUUGAUCAGUCUGAUUAAUAACCCUUUUUGAUUUGACAGGAUCGGAGAGCAUUUUUAUUAUGUAAUAUUCAAGAAUUUGGAGUUUAAAUCCAAUGAAAACAGAAAACGUUCACAGCAGAGGUUGCAAACUGUCGCUGUUGUCCUCGAAAGCAUGUGUAUGCAUUUAUCCUCACUCAACCUGUGUGUGCCUCUAUUAAUAGUCUGCUAAACUUAGGAGCCUUUACUUGUAAUGUAAACACUCAACACAGACACUUACUGAAAGACUGACUGUUGAUAAGCCCCCACACACAAACACACACCCCUUAAGUACACAAACAAAGCAACACACACUCCUGACACAAACAGUGAUUUGUAUGUUGCGUCCCAAUAAAGGGUCUUUAUCAGCUCCCCUCGCCUGCUCCGAAGCCUCCCCUGCCCCCACCGGCUGGAAUUUCCUGUUUAAGCUGCGUAUGAGGCCCUGCUGUCUUAAGGAGGCGUUCUCGUCCCCUCUCUCUCUCGCUGACUGAGCCACCUUUUCAAAUAUUCUGCGCUUUCCUUUGCAGCAUAUUCCAUAUUGUGAACAAGUGAAGCAGCUCCACAUGUGCACGCCACACUCCGGCAUCAUCUGAACUCUCGUGUUUGUGCUUGUGUUUUUCCUCUUUGUGUGUCUCACCCUGUACCCGCAGCUCACUCUGAUGUCCUGGCUAUCUACAGAGAUCCCUGGCGUGAGGGUAUGUGCCCUUGGACUACAUCGUGGAAGCCAGCACCAUGCAGUCCAUGGGCAUAUACACUUGCCUCAUGGCUUGGUUCUUCAUGGAAGCCCACCCUGUCCUCGUCGGCCCCUCAAACCCAGCUCUACAGCUGGUGGGAGUUGCUGUUCUGCCCGCUGCUUUCACUUUACGGCAUCCACAAACUCACUUCCAAUUCUCCUCUUUUUUUCUCCUGUCGUCUCCUUCUCUUUCCUCUCCUCUCCUGCAGGGUUUCAUAGGAAUCCCGGGGCUUUUUGGCCUUCCUGGGCCUGAUGGCGAAAGAGUAAGUUCCUCAUGCACAUUCAAUAAUUGCAAAAAUGCACAGUGACCACUUUCACCCUAGCUAAUAGCUCUGUUGGAUGACAACAAUGCUUCUCCUGCCAUUACACUCAGCUGUCUGGCUGUUGUUAUAAUGCGGGAAACAGCCCCCAGCUGUCCGACAUGCUGCUGUAUGAGGCUGUGUGGGAGUGUUGAUGACUCAUAUGAUAAAAGCCCCCUCUUGGAGCCUUUGAACUGCAUGAACUCAUCAAGGCCUCCUCCUUCUGUACAGCCUCUAAAACAUGAGGCGAUUAGCCUACUUAUGACAUGCUCCAGGGGGUUGCGUCAUGGCAGUGUAGGCUGUAAUCAGGAACACUCCAGCCAGCACAGGCGGCCAGCGAGAUGCCUCAUACCUUAGCGGCACAUAACAGACGAUGUCUGCUAGUCCUCUCCCUGGAGAAAAUGGUGUUUAUUCAACAUAUAUGCAUAAGAGAUGGGGGCCUAAAUCCCUUAGAGUAGGCUGAGAAGAUGCUGGAUAAGCUGCAGUCAGCUGUUCCUCGCAUCUGUUAGGAGAAGCUCAGUCGGUUUUUUUUUUGUUUUGGUUUGUUUUUGACAUGUUUCUUACAUUAUAUUUGUCUUUCUCUUCUUCUUUUAUUCCAUCUCUUUUAAAUCUACUCUUCACCUUAAUUUCUUUUCUACCUCUGCUCUCUUUUGUCUCGAUUUGCAGGGUAUUCCUGGCGAACCAGGGAAGAGGGGCAAGAUGGGUAGGCCGGUAAAGUUUUGUCUCAACAUACUUUACAGAAAAUCUUACCAAAGUGUGAUGACUUGUGCUGUUGUUUGUGAACUGUGAAUGUUUCUUCUGUUUAGAGAUUAGGGGCACAAAAAUUUCAACCUCUAGGUAAAAGUUAGGCUUGAGAGGUGCAUAAGAAUGCCUAUGAUGGCUGUUACCUGUCCACUAUGUCUGACUGGUGCAUCAGCCCCAAAAGUCAAUGCAAAGAGCAGCGUGCACAAGAACAGCUGGGGCACGUUUAGGGCAGAGGGGAUGAGGUAGCAGGGACAACAAUGACUAAAGUUGUAUAGACAAGCUGAUAGACCUGGUCCACAUUCAUGUCUUUCCUCCUGCACAUCAACAGUCAAAAUUUAGAAGUGGAGACCUGCGAACUACAUAAAAAAAUGCAGGCUUCAAGUUUUAAAAAGUAUCUGACAGCCCAUAAGAUUACCUCAGAACACAGCUAACAUUGGCAUCUAGUAACAUCCUAUUUAAAGCUCCUGUGUGGAUGUUUUGGUUUCUGGCAAUUUUGGCGUCACCUGUGAACAAAACAGGCUUGGCUUGUCCUCCACAUGCUUAAAUAGUGACAUUUGACCAAAAGUCUCAUCCUGCUGACUUUUGAGUGUCAAAUGUGUUAUUCAUUGUGAAGUUAAAAAUGUAAAAACAGCCUUUUCUCUGACACCUCCCCCUUCAGGCUUCAGACUUAUGGUAUUUAAAUUGUUAAUCUUAUCAUCAAUGAUCUUGUUUACUUUUUAUGUCAUAAUAAGGCAUUGAUACAAAUUUCAGUCUAUUUCACAGACAUGGAAAAUCCCCUCAUAGGAGCUUUAAAAUUUAGCCCCGUAACUCCUUAGAUCCUCACUAUCUAUAGACAUUGUGGCUGCUUAUUAAUGAGUGAACUGUGAAAUGACCACAAUCUGCUCAAUUAUCAAUAGUUUUCUGAUUUACGUAGUCAUAACAGAUGAUAACAUCUGAGUUUUUAAUCCUGAGCAUAACGUCACUCUCUCAUGGGGGACUCUCUGUUUGUGCUGGUUUUGGCGCCCCCCAGUGGAUAAAAAAGUUCUAAUGUAGUCCUGUAUAAAUGUCAGAUGUGUUCUUUGACACAACCAUUUCAUUUAUCCCGAGUAUCUGCUGUAAAAAAUGUGCACAAAAAUGUGUUUUUAAUCUUCUGCCCCCCUCACAGCAGCUUCAGGCGUUUAAAAUGGUGAUCUAAAAACUGCCAGUCUUCUUCUUUAGUAGGUCACACAGGGGCAUUCUGGUUCAUUUCAGUCUGUUUCAAAACCAGAUGAAAACUUCUCACAGGAGCUUUAAUGAAGCUACUUCCCACUUCUAAAGACUCUAAUAUUCAGAUCAAUAUUUGAUCCUGAACAAACUUUAGAUGUUGGAGCUCACAAACACACUCAGACAUGUCAAUGACUCAUAAGUUAUAAAUUUACCCUUUUAAACGGGCUUCUAAUUGGGUCAUAUUGAAUUUUUUUUCAAAGACUUCAACAGCUCCACAUGUGAAAAUGUUAAAGGUCUGCAAGCACGUCAUUGUUUGAGUCAGCUCAGUAUUUCCAUGGCUGUUGGAAGGGUUAACUGCAGCUCAAAUACUGUGGAGUCCCACCAGCCGCAUGUCAGGGUCUUGGAUACAACAAGAAAAAGGCUUUUGUUGCCAUAAAAGAGCUUUUGGUCCCCCCCCUCUCCCCUCCUUCCUCUACUCUCUCGUCCCUCAGCAUGAAGCCAAGCCAUUUGGAGGAAGCCAUAGGUUCUGUUGUGUGUGUCAGAUAGUGUUCAAAGUCAGUCCGACAGGGUGUUUCAGAAGGAGUGUGCAAGCUUUAAACUUUCUGCUGAGAUCAUCCUGCAGCUGCUGCUUAUUGGUUUUUCAGUAAAUAAGGCGUUUAUGGACCAAAACAUCUGAACACAUGCGAGCAAGUGUCCACUUAGUGUGAGGUUUUCAGGACUUAAGUUUAAUCUUUAAUUAGACAAAACUGCAGAUAUAAAUAUCCCUUAUGAGUGAGGCUUUGUGUCACUUUUAUUUGCAUUUGAUUUGAUUCUGAAGCAACAAAGGACAUAUUACAAUUUCGUUUUCCUGCUCUGAUCCUGGACAGUUUUAGCACAGCUCGUCAAUGCCAAGAGGAAAAUGACAAUGUAUCACUCAGUAGCAUUGUCUUGGAAAGAGAGUAGCAGACCACACCUGUAAUUUUGAUCAUUUUGAAAUCCUUAACGGGAAAUCUCUGCUGCCACAGCCCUUCAGAGCUGACCUUUAUGUGUAACUGGAAAAUGCGCACAUCGUUGUCUUUGCCGUCAGUGCUCCUGCGUGGAAAAAGGGAAGUCAGGCAUUUACAAGAUGAUCCCUUAGAGAACAUCCCUGUCCUCCCUGAUGGAGGAGAAAGAACAGAAGAAGCACCUGAACCAGAGCCAGACACUUUAACGGCCUCAACCACAGCGCUUGUAGUCUGUUGAGGAAACACACUCUCAGACACACAACUCGCUCUACCUUCUACCUAAAACAGAUGAUAUAUCUAAAUCUAAAACAGCGGAGGGCGUAAAAAGUUUUCCGAAGUGCAUCGCCAGCACGUCUGCAUUUCUACUUAACCUUCUUUUGCAUGUAAGUGUUUAGGGUUUGUUUGUCUUUUCAAACUCGUCUUUACCAAGUUCAUCUUCUCCCUCAGAGUGCUGCUACCGUGGGUCACUUUGACCUUUAAAGCCUAUAACAGGGUGUAUCUGACGUUUUAUAAAAGCAAAGAUCCACUAAGGGCUUGUGGAAGUUUUUUUUAAGUGUUGUUCAUGGCUAAGCUAUGUUUCCCACAUUUGUCUCUAGUUGCUUUGGCAGCAGUGACAGCUGUAUGAUUCAUCUUCUGGGUCACUGUCAUGCUUCAAAGAUUUCUGUUGCACUUCUGCCUCCCCCUGUGAGAACAAUUACUUAGUACCAUGAAAGCAGUCCUAUGCAGUCAUCCCCAAAUGUUCAAAUCAUUUCAGAUACAAGAAAAAAAAACUGUUUUUCUUAUGCUCAAUUAAAGUAUUGAGUGCAGCUAUGAUUGCACCAUUGACCUGAUUUGAUGCGUCCCAGAUUGACAGAUAGAUGAACAUUUACAUACCACCUGUCACAAGGCUUUAUUAUUGUUUGAAUAUGCAAUCUAAAUUUAAAAUUACCCGAGACUUUCUUUCCUUAAAACAAUAAACUGCAAACUCAAGAGGUCACAUUUAGUCAGCAGAUUCUAUUUCUAAGGCGUGUUAGACAUUAAAAUAAACACAUGUGCAUGCUCUAUAUCUAAAACAUCUAAACUAUGGCAAAAAUAGCAGCCAUCUACUGGAGGUAUUGACAGUAAUUAGCUCCUUGAAAUGAUGUGUUGAGGCCACAAUGGCAGAACCAUGCUAUUAUGAGUGUUCCUGCAAGGUUAGGUUUAAAAUAAGUUGGCACUUGCUCUCUCUGCAGAUGUGGUUCCUCUUUAUAGCACUACCAACCGUUCACGUAGCUCAGAUUAGCAUUCUGCUUUCUAACUAAUUGGACCGACUUGGCUGCUGGUCGCUCUUGUUGGACUUUAAAAUAUACUCAGCAGAACAGCUGGCUGCCCACACCCUACAGCUGAUAGACUCAAAAUGCGUAACAGGGCUCUUUAUGCUCUUAUUUUCUUCAUAUUUUGGAUUACUGUAUGAGUACGGUUAUUUUGCUCGGCGAGAUUGUGAAAAUUGCUGAGUAAUUACAUUAAGAGCAGUCUUGGUUGCGUAACACUUUGUACUGCGUGUACGAACACGCUUCCAACUCAACUCUGAGGUUAAAGACUUAAUGCUUUACACGCCCAUGCAAAUAAACCCCAAUUAUGUUAUAAUUUACUUGAAAGGAGUUUCUUUGACUCUGUGUUUAAGGAGUGUGUUUUUUAAUCUCUAUAAUAUUUUUUUUUGCAGUUAUUCAAAUUAGCACUUAACAGGGUUUGCCUCUGAAUGUUUAAGUAGCUUUCAUUAAAAUAAAUGUAGCAGACAGUUUACAGCUUACAAAAUCAACUUGGAUACUAACACUGUGGCAUGUUAAUGUCCAUUCAAAGCGGCUAAAAGAUUAGCUAUUACAGGUCAAAAGGGGAAAAAAGAAAUGGCUCCUUUAAUUUAAUGUAUGUCUGAGUUCAAGUGUUGCUGAACAUUAAAGCUGCUCUCUCUGUCUUCAGGGGUUUCCAGGGGACUUUGGGGAGAGAGGACCACCUGGACCAGAUGGAGAGCCAGUAUGUCACACACUCACUUAUAACACACCUACACUACCAACUAUGUCCUCACACACUAUAACACACAGCCUCCCCACAUAAACAAUCACACAAAUUGAGAGCAGUGGUUUCACUUGCACAACCAACCCCCUGGUGUUUAAGCACUAAAGUUUUGGCAGAGUUUGUGGGUAAAUCAUCUCGCCGUCCAGAAGUUUGCCUCUGUCUUUCUGUUUUAUUUAAAGUGAGUUUUUUGCUCGGGACAAGUUUUACUGCUGUAUUUAAUUUCAACCCUCUGUUGUAGACAAUUUUUUUUGGCAGGCAGUCUCAAAAACCUGCAGUAUUAACUGGGGAUCAGCUUGUGGGCCUGGCUCUAAAGUGCAGAGCUUUCCAUUCACCAAUGUAAACGGGCCACCAUCACACACAUACAUUAUUAUUAUUAUUAUUUUUAUUAUUAUUAUUAGAAGGUGAUAUCCAAGAAUAGUAAAUGAUGUAAGAGAAGAUUGUAUCAAGGGGUCAGCAAAGGCUCUUGGCCUGUCAGUCCCAUAGCUGUAUCCACAUGGAAAACAUCCUAUUAUUGAUCGUAGCAUUUGACUCUAGAUGCUCUCUGUUAUUAUGACAAACAUAGCACUUCAUCAGUGGGAGUGAGAAGCUUUAACAACGAGCCAUAAACACGUCAGCAAGGCAGCUUUUUAACAAACUCUGAAUGCAUCAGCAUGAAGCACAUUUAUGUUUUGAGUAACACUGUGCUCACACAUCUGUGACUUUUCAGGCUUGUUGCUGAGGCAACCAAACUCCUUGUAAAUCCUCUCUUGGCCCAGCUGCUUUUUUCCCUGGGAAUUAUAACUGUAAUUUAUCCAUCAGAAGCAUCAGAUGUUAUGGUAUAUUUAAAUAGUCUGGACAAGGGGUUUAUGAAAUCCAAGUUGACAUACUUCACAUAUUUCCCCCAAGUUGAGCCGCAAUCUUUACUGUCUGUACAUUUGAGAAAAGACAGCUUAAAAAACAUCUCAAAAAACACUUUGGGAAAGUGACUGGAAGUGUAGAGGCUCUGAUCACGCUACCAUGCUUGUAUCAGUAUUUACCAUGAGAGCAUUAAAUACUUCAUAAAGCAGUUACCAUAUUCACAGUUUCUACUCUUUUAAAUUAAAUGUAAGCAUGGGUGCUGCAUUUAAGUAUGCCAGUGCUAGGAUCCCAAAGAAUGGUCGUACAGAAUAGUUACAUGCUGUUGGUCUAAUAUUUUUUUAGCAUUCAAGAUAGAAUGCUUGUGUUUUCCAGUGUAAUAGAAAUACGGGAAAACCACAAUUCUUUUGAGUGUAGAAUUUAGAAGCAUUUAGCAGAACAGAUGCAGUAGAAGUUGAAUAUAGUUUUUCAUGCUUUUAUUUUGACAUUUUUUCUGUCUUAUGUUAAGUGUGAUUUAUUUCCUGCAUGGUCAAACUAUGCUUUUAAGGAUACUACUUCCAGUGGAUUAUACUUCUUGGGAACAGAGAAUAAAGACGGUUAAAAUGAAUGGUUGUGGAGUACGAAGUUUUAAAUCGAUUAACCCGAUAGGAAACCAGCUUUAGCGUUGAUUUUAGGCGCUAAGUAAGUUAUGGAAAUUCAAUUAAGUGGUUAAGCAUCUCUCAAAGGGCUUCAAAUGGCACAGGUAACUUGCUAGCAGUCCGUUUCCUCCGCUUCGUUCAAAUUCCGUUAAGAGACGUUUGGCCCAAUGCAAGGACUACAACUAUAAACUCAUUCAGUUAUUGUUUGUUUAUUUUUCCAUAAACGUGUGUUCAAUUAAGAAAUAUAUAUUCGAUUACAGACGGUUAUGCUUAUCAUGUCUUUAAAGGCUAAUGUCCCUUAUUUCUUUACACUGUACCUUUGAGCAAGUAUUCGUUUACUGUUAAACUCUUGAAGGUUUGUGUGAACAAUGUACGGUGGCCGAGAAAUGCCACUGCUGCAAAUAAAAAAAUUAAAAAAGAAUGCAAAAAAUAGAAGUCACAGUGGAAGUUACUGAUGCAAAAAAAGACACCAAAGCCUGCUGCAAAUAAAAAAAGAAACAGUGCAGAUUAAAAAAAAAAAAAAAAAAGCCACAACAGGAGUUAACAACGCAAAAAAAAAAAAGUGGGGGGUGGAAAGAAAAGUUACUUACUGCGAAAAAGUAAAAGGAUGCAAGUAAAAAAGGCUACAGUGGAAGUGAGCUGCGUGGGACCAACAAUGAUGAUGGACCAGUGUUUGCACUGAUGAUGCAGCAGGCUUCGGGAUUUUAUUUUAUAUAUUUUUUUGCAUCAGUAACUUCUGUUGUAACUUCUUUUUUUUGCAUUCUUUUUUAUUUGCAGCAGUGGCGGUUCACGGACAACGUAACAAUGAGCAUAGCAUGUUAGCAAAAGAGUACAACAGAUGCCAAUUAGUUUUGCAGGUAUUUCUGUUGUAAACAGUAAGUUAGAAAAUUUACCGAGUAAAAGAAAUUAAGUUUAUUAUCAAACCAUCUCGCAGUGUCGAGUUUUUUUUUCUCUCUUAAAAAGUAAAAUUUAGAGGCACGAAAAAAUGAGUUGUUGCUAGAAUACAUCAUCUGGAAACCAUGACUGUGCUUCAUGGAUGUACAAGAUGCUGGUGACUUUGGCCUGCUGGUGGUGCUAUAAGACAAGUCAUUGAGAGUCAUCCUCUGAGGGCUAUGAAUGGCAUUACAAAUCUUCAUCAAUCCAUUUCUUCAUUUUGUUAGAGGGAGAGCUACACCACAUAUUGGAAAAUCUCUAGUGUGACGAUGGGCUAACAUCCCCCUCUGCUUUCAUCUCACACACACACACACUCUUACCAAGACGCACACUUCCAAACACACGUAUACACGCACACAGCCCCCUCUCAUGAGCUGUGAUGAACACUGAGCCACUCUUCUGAGCAUGUUUGUUUAAAAAAGAGCCAAUAACCCCAGAAACUUGCUCCUUCUGCCUCUGCCUUCAUCUCACUGACUCUCUCUCCCCCUCUCUGAAUAGGGUGAGAUGGGAGCCCCUGGUCCAAAUGGAGUUCUUGGACUUAUUGUGAGUAGUGGUUUGUGUAUAUUUCUGUGUAUUUGUCUUCGUUGAAACAUCCUUUUUACCUCAACAAAUGUGCUGUUAAUACAAAGGUUCUGCAGAUUGUACUAAGAUGAAAUAGACCAAACAUGCUCUGCUAAAAAAACACUCUCUAAAUUAGCGCCUAUCAUCAUUUACACAGCCUGCCGAUAAUGUAGGAAACUGCCCACUCUCUGCUGUUUUCUUAGCACUGUAAACAUCCAAAAAAAAGUGAGAGUUGGUGGUUUUUAGAGUACAAGAUUGAUGAUAAAGUUAUUUUUCGCAAUGCAAUAAAGCUAAAUCAUGCAGUCUGUGGCUCCCACUUCCUCUCAGGACAAACACAACAUUUCUCCACUGUUUGAUCAAUCAAACAGACAUAAACAAAGCAUCUCAUAUCCCUCUCUUAUUAACUAUUUUUGCACAGGAACUUCCCCCCUGCCCACCCAUCACCUUGCCCUCCAAGCCUGCCCGCCCUGACAGCCAUAUCAUUUUGUCUGAUUACAAUGUCUCUGUGGUUUCUCUUGUCGUGUCCCGUCUUCAUCCAUCGCCACCGCUCCUCCCGGUCUAUUCCAGGCCACCGGUGGUGGUAGUAGGCCUGUAAUUCUCUGAUUACAGCUCUGCUCUGAGCUCCCUGUUGUCUGCAUCUGUCCUGACAGUAAACUGUACAGUACACUGAGAUAGACAGGAAGAUAUAAAUAAGCAGACACCCUUCUCCAGGGACCUUCGACCUCAUGUUAGGGUGAAGACAGGGCACUGCCAGAGAAAGGAAGUGUUAGCAUUUCGAGGGAUAUAAGGGACUUUCCAAUGCAACUUUCUAACGUGUAAUGCUCAUCUUUGUUGUUGCACUACCAAGAAAUUAAGCCAGGGCAUCAACAUCAUCCAUUUUUUUCAUGCAUCUCUGCCAGGUAAAAACAAAAUGUGUUAUUGAUAGCGACUGUUAAGUGUAAGCAGCCCCAUGGAGGCCUGCAGAUUUGGAGCAAGUUAAAGAGUACACUUGUGUUUCCGGGGCUAAAAAACACUCAUUUGAAUCCAUAACAAAACACAGAAUCCUCCUUUUUUGGACUUGAGAUCCCCAGGUGAAGGAAAAAAACAAACUUUUUCAACCCUCAACAACAAAUUAAGCGACUUGUUGUGAGGGAUACUCCAGCAGAACACACUCAAUAACAUCCUCUGUCACACAUGCAAAUUCUACGGUUUUCAAAGAGGGUAUUUGAAGCGCCGAGCCAAGGCCACCCUGAAGUUCUUUGAAAGCAGACAUUGCUUAGCAGCAGAGAAUGAAAAUAAGAUAACAGCUGGCAGCGUGUGAUGAUUUUCUGCAGUGAGGCACAUCAUGAACGAUUUCAUCCACACAUACAUAAUACAGUUGUGUUUCCUCUUAAUAGCUGUAAAGACAGCUGAUAACCUGAUCCAGUUUUUAACCACUCUGUAUAUUUUCUCUUCAGCUCAUCUUUAAGCACUUAUUCAAAUCAGAUCAUUCAGAUUUUGGAUCUUGCAAUGAGACAUAACAGUCGAUUCCUUAUCUCUUAAAUUAUACCGUUUGUUCUCAUGCAUUGUUUUGUGUCGAGUGUAUUUCGAGGGCCUCGCGGAUAAUCUGGAAGCAAGACAAUGAACUUAUUCUUGUGUUUAAUGAAUACCAAAGUGAACCGACAUGAACUCAUUGUUUGUGUGUGUUUGUUGAGGGUAAGCCAUGAGCCUGAGCCAUGUUUUUAAACUGUAAUUUAUGCAUAUGAAUAUGCUUCUUGUUUGUCUCUUUUGGUGACAGGGUGAUAUGGGACCUGUGGGAGAGAUGGGCCUUCCAGGACCAAAUGGACUGAAGGUAAACUCUCUCGAACACAGAUGGAAGCUGUUACCUUCUCCAUCUUAUCUCGUAUUGUCCUGUUUUGACUGCUUUUCUGUUCAACAAAGUGUAAUAUAACACAGAGGAAUGGCCAAUAAGCAGAUGCUGGUGUAUUCUGAUAAAGCAGAGACAAACUUCCAAGUGAUUUACCUCCACAUUGCUGACUCCACGACUCUUAGCUUUUGGCUUAGGGGGUCACUUUCUAACUUUGUCAUUGGUGCUUCUUCAGGGGGUGCCCGGAAAUCCAGGAGAACCAGGACUGAAAGGUGAUAAGGUGAUCUGAAUAUUCCUGUUAUUGGCCUGUGUAUGUGCAGCAUGUGACUUGUACAUGUAACUUCUCUGCACUUGACUGUAGCCACCUCUGUCCAACGUUUAGAUACAGAGCAUGUCUUUUAUUAGGUCGCACAUUCAGAUGAUGGCUUUCUGUUUUACCGAGUCCUCACUGUGUUAUUUCUGUGGAGCUCAUGUACAGUUAAAGCAAUACCGCAACUCCCAGCAGUGAGGCUGUCUUGUGUAAAAAAAAAAAGAUAAAUAAAUGGUUAGAAAUGUGCACAAUGAUAGAUGAUACUUAUUGAAUUUUGGGAAAGAGAAAAGAUACCACUCAGAUUAAGUGGUUAGACCAGCUGCUCCACCUCCAAAUUGAACUACUGGUAUCAAUCUUCUAAUUUAUCAUGUGAUUAAAAAAUGAUAUCAAUCACUUAGAUAUUACCAACCUCGAACACUGUUUUGUUUAAUCUAAGACGUGAUUGUACUCAAAAGAGGGAUAGCUUGCGUAUCAGCGCCAUAUUGACGCCACAUGAGGAUUUUGGCACACCCACUGGACAAGAUAAUCAUGAGCGCAUGUUUGCACUGUAAUUAGACCUGUAAUUAGUACUGUAUGUUUAAAAAGCUGGAUUUGACUGUUGAUGUUGAAAGCUACCAUCCCUCCUAAUGUUUUUUUAAUUUCUCUGUCUUUCCGUCCAUCUCCCUGCGUCAGGGUGAAGUUGGGAUUCCUGGAGAACAAGGGGAGAUCGGGUACAAAGGAGACAAGGUAGAUUUCCAGCGUCUUUACGUGUUAUAAAUGUUCAUGUUCAGCUUUUUGGUGCGGCGCUGAGUCCCUGCAGAAUGAUUUAGCCAGAUGUGUGCUGUCCAGGUUAUGGAAAUUCUUAUGUAAACCCUUCUCAUUUGUCAGUGUGUGUAAGCAAAAUCGAAGCCUUUUAGUGUAGUAGAGCAGACUGGUCCCAUGAGAUGAAAAAUACUGAGCAGAGACACGCAUGCCUAAUGUCUUUUUCCUCAGAAAAUGGAUCAGGGCCCUUUUUUUCUGCUUUUUAAUGCUGCUGACUGUCUGUCUGAGUUUUUAUUUUUUGUGUUUGUGUUGGACAGGGUAUCCAGGGGGCUCCAGGUUUACUGGGCAUCCGCGGAAAACCAGGACCACAGGUUAGCUUUGGCUUGAACAACAUUUGAAUUUAAUAUUUUUCAUGUCCAAUGUGAACUUUACGUUUUGGGGACGCACCUUUUUGGCUCCUCCAACAGUCACUUGAAUUUGUCUUCUUAAUGAGUCGCUAAGGCCUCAUCUGUUAGCUUAGUGUAGCAUUAAGACGAAAAACAAGAGGAAAACUUGGCCCCUAUCUGAAGAUCUAAACUCGUAUACGUCUCAGAAUAUCCAACUAUUCCAUUAAGAUAUUCCUCAUGUUCAUUUCCUCUGCCACAGGGACAGCAAGGAGAGAGAGGCCCUGAUGGUUCGUCUGGACCUCCAGGUCCUGAGGUUUGUAUUUAAGCUGCUUUAGUGUCAGCCUGUGUUAUUAAAAGACAACAGAAAUCUAAAUUUUUUAAUCCAUCAUGACAGGGUUUCCCCGGUGACAUGGGACCACCGGGAGAGAACGGUUUAGAAGGACCAAAGGUAAGUAAAACUGUGGUUCUGCUUAGUCGUUACCAUCUGCUGUGUGUUUGUCAGUAUUUAUAGUUAAAUGCUAAUAUCAGAGUGCAAACAUUUAGAAGGACUUGUGUUUGUUGUGUUGGCAUGGCAUGCUUAGAUUUGCUAACAAACACUUGAAGCAAAGUACAGUGUGAUUCGGCAAUAAGUAGCUUGGAAGGUAUUCACAUUUCUUCAAAUGUAUCAAAGUUGGGAUUAACAAUUUCUUUCCACCAUAAAGCAGACUGAAAGAGUAUGAAAAUUCCUGAUAAAUGAAAAAACAAACUGAACAGGCAAGGCUUCAGAGGUUUAGGGCAUGAUAAAUCAAACAUUUUGAGAAAUUUUGGUGCAAAGAUGAGCAGCAACCAAAGCCAAAAGGAUAUAAAUAUUCAUGAAUAUUUGCGCAGUAUUCUGUGAUAAUCCAUCCAACAGUUGUAAAGAUAUUUCUGUCUGGUCCUAAGUGGUCAACCAGCUGAGCAGUAGACCCAAACCACUCCUGGCUAAAAAGCAUUAACAUUCAUUCUACUACUUCAACCUAUCCAGGGAAAGCCAGGAGCCAGAGGUUUACCGGGACCACGAGGGUUGCCUGGCUUGGAGGUAAGACCAUCUAGCACCACCCCUGUCAAAACAACCCCAAAGUGCCAAAAGGCAUUAAACAUUUUAUUGCACAAGGCCUCUCUUUGCUGGAGACCACUUUGUGUCCCCAAACAUAACUCAUGCUAAGAUCAAUAUCAUCUGUUUCCAGGGUGACGAGGGCCCGAUCGGACCACCGGGACCAACAGGACUGGAGGUGAGUUAUUAGAAAAACACUCAGUUUUGCCUGCCUGGUGUAAAGAAAGCAGUGUGAGCUGAAAAUAGUGGUCUCAGUGUAGUCCUUAACUGAUAUUCAUGUGUGUUAUGGAAACACACUGAAUGUGUGUGUAUGCAAUUAUGUAAGUUUGCGUGUUUGUUUAAACUGUACCCCAUGCAUUACAAUCAAACCAUCAGUCAUGUGCAUUGUUGUGGUUCCUUUCCAUACCCUUUGCUGUAAACAAAUCAGUGACAGGGAGAGAGAAAGGGUUUGAAAUAUCACUGAGUUUACAGAAACCCAAACUCUGCAUGAAGCCAAAUCUGCUCAUGCUUAGCUGUAGAGCUCAGAGUUUUGUUGUUCGCAGAGCAAUUAAAAAAAUUCACUGACUGAGUUGCAAUUGACCUUCGAGGCACAUGACGUGAGAUACAAGCUUGCUGUUUUCAACAAAUUACACACAGUAAAUCAUGUGUGACCUGCUUCCUGUGUCUCAGGCACCAACACCAUAAGCAGUAUAGUUUAAUUAUGCAUCCCAAAGUUUGUGGACCCACAGUGAGAGUUGAUAAAGAAGUUCUAAAGGAGGUCAUCAUAAUGGAUCAUUCUCAGUUUCCAAUAGAGAAGCUGUAGAAAUGUAUGCCCAGAGAUUUAUGGGUGUUGUGUUAAGUUGUGUCUCUCUGCAAUUUCCCUCUUGCAACUAAAGCGUGCAUGCAAUCCACAUUCUUGGCCACUAGGGGGUGAUAACUGCCAUCACUGUGUUUAUAGUUGGCAAGAUUUAUAGCUGCUAUAAAGAGCUAGAUGUUAAUAGGCCACUGCUGAAAUGAAUGAGUUGUUAACUUUGUUCUUAUAAGUUCUCUGUAGUUGAUGGAGAAAUUAACUUUAUCAGUUAAUAAUAAGCUUUCAGACCUUUUUCUUUAAAAACUGCCCCACUAUCCCAGAUGCUGCAUACCUAUCAGUUUGUCCUGUACCUCCUUCUUUUCCAUCUCAUUUCAUACUUUAUUCAACUGCAGCCCUCCGUCUCUCAUCUCAUACUCUGUAACCAUCCCCUCUGCUCCUUGCAUUCGAGGGGAAGUGGUGUAGUACUCCUUCAGGAGCUGUAAUUGAUCUCUGGCCAGGUGCCACAAGUCCUCCUACCUCUCCACCAUGUCCUUUUCCUUUCAGCAGCUGUCUUUCAGCUUCACCUCUCUGCCUGGAAUGACACCCUUUCUCCUUACUGUCUCUUACACCUCCUCAAAUGCUCUCCAUCCCCUCUCCAAGUGCACUCUGCUCUCGUAGUGUUUCUUUCUUUCUCUGGUUAAUGCAGUCACAGAAGUAAAUUCAAACCAGGUGAUAAGAAGUCGCAAAUCCCGGAGAGCUUGCUUUAAUUCUCGUGUUACUUCUUUUACAAUAUAAAAUACAGUGUUAGCCUCAUGAAAGCUGACGACCCUUCUGGACUAAAACUCUGGAAUUGUUGAGUCAUUGAUUCUUUGGGAGUUUGGCUCAGACACUUGUGACCCGGAGUUCUUGCCGGUAAAAACACUAAGACCCCCUCUUAACCCCGGGAAUUACUGUCUGUGCAGGAGGAACAUUACACUCAUUGAACGCUUUCACAGCUGAAUGGCCAAAAUGUAAUGUCAGCAAUACCUGCACACGCCAAUGCAUUUUUCAGCAGCGUGUACGCUGAGCUAGAACAGCUGCAGUCUACUUCCUAACUCCGUCUUUAAAAUGGCAUCUUAAAGGAAGCAGAUCCUUUAUAUUUGUUGAGGAAAUGUCAACAGUAGUCGUGAUUGUUCAACCGCAAAGUGAAAAUCUCAAACACCAUUACCAUGUCCUCUUUCAGGGCAGACUAGGCCGAAAAGGAUUUCCUGGAAAAGUUGGGCCUGAAGGAGUCAAGGUGAAAAAAAUUGAAAUUUGAAUGAGAUUUUCCCAUUUUUCUUGAUUAGAACAAAUGAUAAGUAACACGUUUGUCUCUUCAGGGAGAGACUGGUAUCACAGGAAAGGUUGGAUCCAUGGGAGAAAGAGUAAGAAACCCUGACAUAUCUGCCUACUACCAUUUUUCCAAAUCUUGGUUUGUUAUCCAUCCAACACUGAAUCUAAUUGUUUCAGGGUUUGGUGGGUUUCAUCGGACCUGUGGGAGAGGCGGGACUGGCAGGAGAGAAGGUAAAGUACAAGUAACUUUUGUUGUUGUUUUAUUUCCACAAGGUGACUUAUAAGACUGAACAUAAUGCCUAUUUCUGUUUAGGGUGACCGAGGGGAGAUGGGCCUUCCCGGGCCACCUGGAGAAAAGGGAUCAACGGUAAGAUAUAAGGAAGAGGACUGAGAGGAUUAGUUUUUUAAGAGUUAACUUUAAGAGAGCUUUAGGGAGCAAUGUCAUUAUCAAAUUCCCUCAAAAACGUGGUUACUGCAAACUCCACUGUGUAUGUUAUUCCCAUGGGAAUAUUCAGAUGUUUUGGGGUUAUGUCAAUAUCUUAAAGUAUGCCAAAGGAAGAAUGAAGCACAUCAGCUCAUGGGCGACUUUUGGCAGUUAUUCCAGGCUGUACUUGGGCUCUUAAUAGGAGGCCUUUUGGUGGAAAAAGUCAUAACAUUGGCUCCAACAAAGGCACAAAAAGUUCCAAUGGAUCACCUCCACUGAUUUACCCCCUUAGGUAUUUGAUAAACAAUGAAGGAACAAAAGAAGUAAUAGCCCUCCUGUAAAUUUGAAUUAUCAAAGUCAUCCAAAUGAAGACACUAACUAGGCUAAUAUAAGUUUUUUUCAGGCAGGUAGUCAGAAGGCAUUAGGCUUCUUGUGGUAAACUAUGGACGUCCUGCAGUGAUAGAAUGAGCUGUGAAAAGAGGCUCUUACACAAGGAGCUCGGGCAGUUAUCGUGCAGGUUCCUAGAAUGUGGGUUAAUCUCUAAUAUAAAGAUGUGCAUCAUCUGCACAUGCUUGUAUUGCAGAAACACAAUAUACCUAAAAAUGAUUAAACUCAGGUGAAUAUGAAUUUAUUUUAAACAAAAAGGUAAAGGACUAAGGAUUGACCCCAGGGGAACGCCUCGCAAUAGGGAGCACUGAGGCUAUAGCAGAGAGAGACCUGCUGGAGAGAAAAGGUCUAACAAUACUAAAACUUUGUCUUUAAUGCUUGCAAGGGUUUUAAGGCUUUUCAUGAAAGUAUCAUAGUGGACAAGUUAUUAAAUGCACAAGUUAAAUUAGCCGACUCGAGAAUCAGCAGUGAGCGAUAAGUCAUGGAAACCGUCAUAAGAGCUACUUCUGUGCCGAAUUUGGCACAGAUUCCAGAUAAAUGUUAUUCUAGAGGCAAAACAAAUGAAAAGAGUUAUUACAGAAAUCUGUCCUAUUUUCUCGCCAGUCUGUAGGACACCCUAGUGUACCCAGAGGUUUUGAAUUUCACGGUUUAAUCUUCUGCUAUCACACAUCCACCCUUCUCUUACAAAAAAAGGCAAGUAGCUUGUCUGUUAUGUUUUGUCUUAUCCGAAGUGGACCGUCUGAUGUACUCCGUAUAACUGGCCGGAGAGCAUGAGAAUUAAGUCAUCAGAGAAGUUUCCUGCUGGCUCAGAGCCAGUUGGAUGCCUCUCAGGACUUAACCACACACACACACUCACACAGUUAUGAGGAAGUUCUCAGUUGUCUCACUCUCUUAGCUGCAAAACACAAUCAGACCCUGUGGAAAAUACUGCAUCAUGCAAAGUGAAUGGAGCGGACAGUCAGACGUCUUCAGCUUCUAUAAGUGCUCAUACUACCAACAUGUAUGAUUUAUGCCUGAGAGCAGAGCUGCCUACUGCACUAUAGGUUUGGAUACUGGCUAAAGUUUAUUGCACUCAGCUGAUUUGAGUGGUCUGACUGAAAUGGGUCCCCAUUACAUAGUUAUGCCUUUACAAACGACCCAGCCAGAAAAUGAAGAGCAGAAGGGGAAAGGAAAGCAGCCAAAAGCAGUAUGUUUUAAGAUAUAAAAUCAUCUCCUCUGGCCUCUUUUUUCCCCAUUGGCUCAUGUCACUAAAGUGUGCACACUUUCCAGGAGGAAAACAUUUCUGCAGAUGUUUGUUCAAGCUCAGUGCAUGUGUGGCUGAAAUCCAGUUUGCUAUCUCAAACAAAUUCAACCUGUAUGCAUGUAGAGGAAUAGGGCGUAAAGGGGAAAUUAAAACGGAUACAUUCCCUCCUGAAAAACUUUGUUUGGAACAACUUAAAGGUCCCAAAUAAUGAAAAACACAGUUUUCCUUGCCUAGACAUCCAGUGCAUAUUCAAGUCAUCUUACAGCCUAGCAACUCUGAAAAUCUAGAUGCGAAAAGCCUCCUCAUUGUUUCUGUAACCCACCUGGGAAAAUAUAGCUUCUACCAGCCAAUUUGAAUUUGCUCCUGUGAUGAUGUAAUGACAGGGGGACUUGCAAAAGGCAAGCAUGCAAAACUGCUCCCCGUCUUUGAGUGAUUGUGCUCCUUCCAUACAUGUUAAGUUCAGCUUUGGUGUCACAAAGUCCAGAUGUCAAAGGUUGGAGCCAAGUGCUAACAAUGAAGAACAACUCUGGCCUCAUAUUGUACCAACUACUUUACUUUGGAGUGUUUAAGCAACAAGGAAAAGUAUAAAGUUUAUACAUAAGAGGCAAAAAAGUAGGAAUAACACUGACAUUUGAAUGCAAAACUUCGAGACACUUGAGCUGUUGCCUCCUCAAAGUUCAAAGUCAGAUGCUGAAUCAUUAGUGCAGAGCUGAUGCAGGUUAUCCUGGUCGCACUUGCCAUAUUUGGGGGUGUUUUUCCACCUCUGCAUCUGUCUGAGCCUGUCUGCACUGUUGCACCUCAGAAACGACCUUGGCAGCCAAUCAGCACAGUGCACAAGGGCUGAAUUUCUGAAUCUUGCUUUAAAAAUCUUGCUCUAGACAUGUUGUUAACAGCUAAAAGUACAGUUAUAGACACCUUUAAUGUUUAGUAAUGUGUAAUUCUGUAAUGUCAACCAAAGUUUACUCUCUACUUUUUCUGCAUUUGCAAUGUGUGUGAUUUCAUCUGUAUGCACAUUUGAUAGGGUCACCCAGGGACACCGGGUGAGACUGGGCCUUCUGGACCACUAGGAAGACCAGUAAGAAAACUCUCUUUUCCUGCUUUUGCUCUUCAUCUAUUUUGCUUUUUUUUUUUUUUUGCAGAUGAUACUAUACUGAUGCUUAGCAUUAUACCACAUUUGAUACAUUUCUAGGUAUUGCAGAUAAUGUUUUGAGUGUGGCUAGAAGUAGUGGGAAUGCAUGUCUCCUAAACCGGCUUAAAGAUAAAGAUGCCUUUGUAGGUAUAUACAAAAUAUAUUUCACUGUCCUUGCAGAUGAUAGUAAUAUAGUGUUUGGAACCCAGAGCGUACAUCUGAUGUUUCUCAGAUCAUUAUGAGAGCCGGCAGCCUCCUGCUGAACCCUCAUUACCCUGCUGUCAAUCAAAAGCCCAACACCUAUAACCAAUUAGAAGCUGCCCCUGCCCUCUGUUUCCCCUUUACUGUGUCCUUGCCAUGGCCAGGUUUCAGCUGAGCUUUGGUUGAAGGUGGGGGCCACUGAGCCACCAAAACAAACAUAAAUAUGGGGCUCUGGAGUUCGGCAGGACAGGAUUCCAGAGCAGGACCUUUAAUUGGUAUGAGUGACAGAUCUAACAACAAACCCCAUAGUGUGUUCUCGAGGUCAGGCUGCCCUCAGGGUCAACAGCCAGGGGGGCUCUGUGCUCUGUCAGUGUAAACCUUUGUUUUGUCUUUCCUUACAUUUUCCUUACCUCUCUCUUUUCCUUUUGUUCAUCAGGGCCCUCCUGGAGCAGCUGGGCCCGCCGGUACCAGAGGACCUAAAGGCUUACGGGUAGGUUGAAAGUUUCCCACCUGUUGCUUUCGCCACUUAAUUUUUAGUAUGAGAGCACCAUCGCUCCAAGCCUGAAGAACAGAUCAUAAACUACAAAAGUGUGCAGCCACACAUCACUUUGCUGUAAUGUGUUGAACUAGUGGAAAAGUUUAGCGGAUGGACAUAAUGAAGUGAUAUAGCCUUGCCUCUGGGCUGAGGUCAUGUGUGUUUAAUGGACACGACUGCUUGCAUAACACAGUGUCUGGUUCGGAGUCAAAGCAUGAGUCUGCUUUAUCCUUUUCAAAAGUCUGUGCUCAUUAUAACUUCUGGGAGAGUUCCAGUGAUGUAAAACAAACAGCUCUUUUUUAUAUCGCAUAUAAAAGGAACAAUGACUAGCAGUUAUAGGAAGAACCCGCCGUCAGUCCAGCUGCUUCAUGACAUUUCUGGUGGAAAAUAUGACCUGGCUUUGUGGCUGAUCCAGAGCCUGCUUUGAUGAUAAAUUCAGUUAACUGUUGAAAUGUGAUUAAGGUGAGGAUUACAGAGGCUAAUACAAACCAAUGGAGAAAGUCAUUUAUAGUUUUGAUUUCAUGAUACCAGAAAACCAAAAACUCUAAACACUAGACCAACACCAACAAUUUUUUUUUAUUAUCUGCUAUUACUCCUAAAAAAAUAUGUUGCUUGGCCUAUAAAGUCCCUUUCUUAAGCCAAAAGUGACCCUUUAUGUGUCUACAAAAAACAAAUUCAUGUUCACAAAAGAAAAUAUUUCUGGAAUCAGUAGCUUUCAAUAUUUUACUAAUUUUUGUUGCCAACGGUAACUCAAAAUGAUUCAUCAUGAUUCAAUAAUUAAUAACUACUUGAGUUGUCCCGGCUCUAGUCAGCACUCUAGGCUGCGCAUUAGUGGAUGUAUCUGUUCAUUUCUGUCCUUGUGUGAUCAAUGAUGAACUGAAAUGACCAUGAAUAAUAUAAACUCCAAUAACAAUGAUUAGAUUUUGAUAUUGUAGCAAUGAUUUGCAGAAAUAUUGGCUUCUUAACCUUACAUUUUUGUUAUGGUUGCAUCCCAUUUAUUGUGAGUGACUUACCGGCGCUGCUGAAUUGAUAUUAGCUUCCUGUAGAUACACUUGUAGCAGAAAACCUAAUCAGUGUAAAUGUCAAAUGAGUCAAGAAAGUUCAGAAGCAGCAGCUGACAGUAUUUGCUUGAGAUUUAUAAAAUUCAAGCAGCAACCCCUGGUGGUGAAAAAUGAAGCUUACACAGAAGAGCAAAAGAGCUGCAGUUCCUCAAGUGUCCACUCGAGGCUGUUUGCAAAAUCCAAAGAAUCCUCACUAGGCUACAUGUUAAAAUGUCAAUUUUAAAAACAAAAUUUGAUAUGUGUGAAGCUAGGUUCAGAAAACGCAUGUUUGGUAUUUAAUUCAGUUUAAUACUCACUGUGCAAUGGGUUGAUAUUUUUGUAAUAAAUCCUUUGAUAUAGCUUUUGAUAUAAUGGCCAUGAGUGAUACAUACAUUUAUGUAUAACAUGCCUGUAUGUGUCUAAAUUGACUAAAUGUUAGGUUCAGUCAGAAUUUCCAAUAAAUGAACCGCCAUUGUUGUAUCAAAACUCCUCUUUAGAAACCAGUGGGUGACAUCCCUGUGUUAACAUUUAUGUUUUAUGCAGUCUUCAGUUAAAUUACAGCUUUGCAGCUUAGGCUAUGUGACACUAAAUCCUUCUCCAGCUAUUAUGUAGGUGAUGUAAACAUGUGAUAACAGCUGGAUUUAAAGCAGUUGAGUAUGAACUGCUCACAGAAAACUUAAAGCUAAUGUAAGGAGAUUUUUGAUACUUGUGAGAAAGAUUGAAAUUAAUAUUGAUGUCUCUCUAUGAUAUUUAAAAGAUAACAAGAACGUCAACAACAAGAUUGAUAAUGUUUAUGUUGUGAUUUUAAUGCCUGAAACCUGUGUGAGGGGGUAAAUGUCAGCAAAGCAGCUAGAGAAACAGCUCUGCUUUUACUUCUUUUUACAAGUGGUUCAUCAUGAAUGACUCAUUUGACUUUUAGAAGCCAGAUUGAUGAGAUUUUUCUGUCAGGAGAAACCACUUAAGCCUGUGAAGGACAAGAUGAGCGUAGACUGCUUUGUCCACAGGGGGCACCAAAAUUGGCACAGAUUUAAAGUUCCUCACAGGAGCUAUAAACCACAUAAAAUAACAGCUGGAACAACUUAAGGCUGAUUCAUACAUUAAACCAAGAUUUUAAAGGACGCCCUGAUAAAAUAUGGUUAGUUACCUAUUGAAUGAUCAUUUUCAGACUGAGGGGGGUAAUCCAGAACCCUGUAAAGUGUAUGCUCUUGGGGGUUUCCACUGUUUAAGGUGACAACUCGGCCUGAUCUUUAACCUCCAUCAGAGCUUAGUGUCCUUAUCUUUUAUCAAAGUGUCUUUUAAAGGAUGUAUUUUAUCACCCCAGUCCACUUAACCAGCUGGAGAGCAGCAUGAAUGUCACUGAGCCUCUUUAUCAGAGGUAUCCAGGGGAGAUGGGCCUCACUGUGUUUGGCCUGGACACAUCUCAUGUCUCAAGCUGUGUUUUUAAUUAAUACCAAUGUCAGCACCUUCCAGAUUUCCAGUAAACCUGCUGCUGCUGCCUCAUGACUUAUACCAGGUAGACUAAGCAGAGAAACCUGAGUGUUGCAAGCCAGGGGACAGCCAUGUGCAACCGCAGACACACACACACACAAAUACCUCACACAACAAUUUGCCCUCUGCGGGGCCAGCAUGAUGAUUACAACUUUCUAGUCAUUGUUUGAAAGAUGCGAAGAAACCUCAAACAGCUGUCACGAAGAGCAAAACAUGAGACUAUUUUCAUUUGUAGCUGAUUUCAACUCCUGACAAACCUUUUUAUCAUCAAAUGAGACUGAAUGCAGCACUUACACUGUGCCAUUUGUCUUUUAACUGUUAGCUGCUGGGCUUGAGGCCUCGGCGCUGACAGCAAUAUAACAUCUGGCCUUUUUCUCAGAAGCGCUGGCACAGGACUCUUCUAUAACAUGGAAAUAUUGUGGAAUCAGAGACGAGACUCAAAACCGCACCAGACUGCAUGUUGGCAUCAGAGCUAGCUUGGAAGCUAACGCCACUUUAGCCUCUUUGUUUUUCUUUGUUUACGUUUUCUUCGCAGCCUGUUUCGAAGUUGCUGACUCGAAUUUGUGGAGCGUAAUCACCGAUCUGACUAAUCGUUCUUUGUAUCAAAUAACUCCUCAUGACGUCUGACCUACAAAUGCUCGGCUAAUGAUUUCCAUACUUAAGAGCAUAUUAAUCCCAUUAGCUCCCUCUCAGCAUAUGGGGAUCAUUAUUUUUAUUCAGCUGGCUUAAAUUGUUGUUUUUGAUGAUGCUCGUGGUGUUCUUUCUUGCUGUGUUUUAAGAGAUUAAACUAAUAUGAUUCAGCGUAUCUAAUAACCGUUAAAGCAUAAUGAUACAUCCUUAUUUCCAAAAGUUGUGACCCUGUGUAAAUGUUGACUAAAGCAGAUUUUUGAUGGUCUUUAAAUGAUUUAAACACAAUAUUUGAUCAGAAAAAGUGAAAAGACAACAUAGAAAUUGCUGAAGCUAAAAAAAAGGAUAGUUUUAUGAAAGUUGUGUAUGCUCAUUUUACAUCUUAUGCCAGUCUAAAAAAGUUUGAGUAGGGACAACAAAACUUUGAAAAAAUUAUGUGAUGCUGAAGUCACACCUGGUGUCACAACCCCCAAGUAAUUACAUUAAUUAACAACAGGUGCGUAACAUGACCAAGUACUAGAGGAGCUUUUCUGAUUGGCUGAGUCUCUCAGAAGUAAAGAUGAAAAGAGAUUUUUCACUGUGAGAGACUACAUGAGCAAAGACAGUAGUUUGACCUUUCUAGACUAAGAUUCUCUUAAACAGAUUUAGAGAAUCUGAAGAUAUUCUGUACAGAAAGGACAAGGCCAUGAACCAGUAUUAGAAGGUGGCUCUGCAGGAAAACAUACAUAACUCUGCAAUGGAAAUCACUGCAUGAGCUCAGAAUCACAUCCAAGAACAUUUAACUUUAGAAACUCCAGGAAUGUGAGUAGUUUAUUCAUGAAACACACUGAAAUUCAUAUUCAUAUCAACUUUUCUACCAUAAAUAUAAAAAAAAAGUUACAUUUAAAUGAGAAACAUCAGAAAUAUUGAGAUUUUCUCUGAUGGGAAACACUACUUAAGAAGACAAGAUUGGUAAAGAAUGCUUUGUCCACAGGGCGCGCCAAAUUUGACCCAAACUAAAGGUUUCUCACAGGAGCUUUAAAAUGAGCAUCUGUUUUCCAUAAAACAUUAAAUUCUUCAGUAUCUACAUUUGAUAUCUUAUCUUUGAACCUCUAAAUAAAUUCUUUAAAUGAUUUGCAAAUCAAAAUACAUUUUUAUGGACAUUUUGCAGUGUCCCAACUUUUUUUUGGAAUUGGGGUUGUUUUGGAGUGAGUGUGUUUUUUUUAUUUCUUUGGCCUGAUCAGAGUGAAAUGUUUCCCCUACACAUCAGCUAAUCCAGCUAUGUAAACGCAAGCAGUGGGUAGCAGGUACCCCAGACAGGAAUGUUAAUGAGCGCUGCUUAUCCUGCUCUAUGUAUAAUAGGCUUAUAGCACUUCAGCUAGCGGCAGCUAAACUCCCACUGUGCUCAGUCAUCAACUGCUCCUGUGUGGCUGCGUCAUGUUUUCUCCGCUUUUCUCUUUGAUUAAUGGUCCUGGGAAUGUUAUUUAUAAUCACUGUCUGCUCAAUCAGCCCAUAGAGUGUCAUAGAUUUUUAUCAGCUGCUGUGUUACAAAGCCAGCAUCCUUUGCAGUAUGGAUGAGGAGGAGAGAGGUGCAGGUGCAGAGCAGAUGCUUUGUAUUGGUCCACUGCCUGGCCACCGUUUAUUAUGACUGCUCACUGGACUAGGAGGGCUUUAAGCACUGUAGAUUGAUUAUGUUUGACAAUUUGAUCCAUGUAAUGUAAACAGUCAGACUGAGACUAUAUGUGUUUAAGUGAAAGCUGGGACACUGUGCCCUGAUUCCAGCAUCAAAAUUGUACAACUUUCACUGCUAUGCCUUUCACCCGAUGCUACUUCUACUGUCUGUCUUUGCUCAAUUUUACCACUGAAUGCACUUUUGCUCAACUUAACUUCCAAUCUAACCUGAAUUUGAUAGUUUACAGGCACAUUUACAUCACUGUACUACACAGAGAUGUUUAUGUACAGUGUGUCGUGGCUGUUUGGCUGUGUUACACUGACCUCUGUUGGUGAAGUGACUUCUGUUUUGUGUUUUCAGGGGGCAAUCGGGCCUGAUGGUCCAACCGGGGAGACAGGGUUAAAGGGCAAGGAGGUAAGACAUCAGACCUUUAAGUGCAUUUUGUAUGGAUUACAUAUCUUUCUCACCAAACAUGAGCUACGCGACCUAAGAACAGCCUUACAUUGUCUGAAACCAACAUUUUUCUGCACACAUACUUAAAUCUUUGCAUAAAAAAGCUGCACUUGUCUUGACAUGUCUUAACUCACAGCUAUCUCUUCUUCUCCCCUCUCUGCAGGGCUCUGAUGGCCCUCCAGGAAAAUUAGGUUUCCCUGGACCACAGGUAAAGCACUGGGGUACUGUUCUGCUUUUCCUCUACUUCCUCUCAUAUAUUUUUGGUGCUUCUGUUACUCUGCAGGGACGAGGCAUUAGAAUGAUUUAGAAAACCCACAUAACAGCAGCAGCGAGGAGGCCAGCAGUCAGACACAACAUAUUACUGGAGGAGAUCUCCUUCCUGGGGAGUUUGAAAGAGGGGGCAAUGAGACAGAUUCUCAUAUAUGGCAGAUGAAUGCUGAAUUUUCUGAUGGGUUUUAUGGGUACUUACUCAGCCUGGAGUUACACUCCACUUCUGAAAAGAACCCAACAUAUUUUGCUGCAAAUUUUAGGAUCUUAUUGAAUCAAAAUGGUAUGUGAAUCUCUAUGAAUCUUCAGAGGCUGUACAAGCAUUUAAAAAUACACAGAGGCUAUCUAGUCACGUGCUGGCGCUAUUUUUCUAUAAAAAUCCAAGUCAACUCUACUUCUUUCCUUUUAACUUUGUCUGUUGCACUAUGCUGGAUAAGAUAUUGCAAUGAUUUAAGGAUUUUACUGGCAGUUUUAUUCAUAUUGCUACCUUUUAUUGCAGUCAUGAAUACCAAGUUGACUUGAGAUGGAAAAAUCAUCUCUAUCAUCGUGAUUGACAGACAGGGGUCCACAAGAUCACGUGGUUAAAAACAAACAAACAAAUUCAGAUGAGAAAAACAGGAUAUGAUCAAACAACUGAGAAGCAGGAAACCUUGAAUAUUAAGAGACCAUUAUGCAAGUGAUUUCACAGGAAUGACAGGUAUCCUACAGAAAGAUGACUGGGAUCAGUCAGCAGCAUUAUAAAAGAAUUCUGAGAGUACUUUUAAUCAGCAUAAACAUUUUUAUAUCAGAUUUCUCAAAAGAGCCUUGAAAGUAGAAUCCUCCACUAGCACAAGCCCAACAAGAUUUAAAUAUUGUUCUCAAAGCAUCAUUGUAAGCAACAUGAAGCCUUGGUAGGCUUGCUGAGGUGUCCAGUAAGCUCUAAAGAGACUAACCUUGACAUUGUCAGAGUACAGAGAGAAUUUUCUUGCCUGUAUUGGUAUGAGCAUGUAGUAUACAACAUUGUCUGUACAACAUUUGUUCUGCACUGAAGUGUCCUAAAUAUUUGUUAUACUGCUGAGCCUUAGCACUUUCUCUGAUAGAUGGAGGUUAGUAAAAGGGAGAUCCUUGCCCUCUUUAGCUCUACAUAUCAAUACAAGGCUUUUUUUGGCAUUGUAUCAUAGGUUGUAUUUAACACCAUAUUCAGACAAAUAUUGAACAGCUGCCGGAACCCAGCACAAGGGAAAAAUAGCCAAAUCAUCAGAAUACUUGAGAUGAUUGAUUGUUACCCAAUACACAACCAGUUUUGCAGCAAUUCAGCUGUAGAGAUAACUCAUCCAUGUCCAGGUUAGAGAUGGCACAGCUUCUCUUCCUCAUUUGAUUAGAGUCAUUCAUUUAAAAAAACAUUGACAUAAAUCUUGUGCAGGAUCGGUUUGAUAGGAAAGACUGUGCAAUGUAAGACAGUAAGCGACCAGUAGAGGGGGUUGAUGCAAAUCAGUUGCUAACAGUAGGUCCAUCUAUUCUGUGCAGAGACCAGCAGCUCAUAUGGUGGUGAAAUCAGAUAGCAUUAGAAAGAGUUACACAGCUGCAUAGAAACUUCACAUUUCUGGGUGAAAGUGAAUGAAAGUCUUCACACAUGUAGACGGCAUAAACAGUUUCACCCCCGGAGAAAUAGAUAGCCACUUGUUUACCUUCAUUUUUGGAUUUUACAGUGUUUAGCUGUAAACCAGAAAGAACGUAAGAUUCCGCUGUCAGUCACUUGUUUUCAUAUUCAGUCUUGGUUUUUGGGGGGAUCUUAGAUCACAAAUGCGAGUGAGGGCUGAUGUAACUGAUCUUUACUCUUGUUGUUGUCGUUGUUGUUUCUCUCCAGGGGAAGAUUGGAGAGUCGGGCGAAACUGGGCCUAAAGGUUUCCCUGUGAGUACAAAGUUUGAUAUUGUUUAUUUUAGUCCGAUAGUAGUAUGUAGUCUGAGAGUGAGAUGAUAUGUGGGGAUUUAUGUGUCAUUUAUAGUCUGUCAAUUAUCUCUCACCAGGGUAUCCAAGGGCCCUCAGGACCUCCAGGUGACAAGGGAAUACCAGGGGAGCCGGUAUGAGCUUCAUCCUUUUGGAUUUCUUCAACAUUUCUCCUCUCAUUUACUGUCUUCCCCCUUAAACUCUCUCCUUUUGUUCUUCUGUAAGAAAAAUCAGCUUUUACAUUACUCCUAAAUUAGCUCGUCAUAUUUUUCCUCUUCAUUUUUCAUAACCACACUUCCCAGUUUUAUGAGCUUGUCUUUGGCAACAAACCUCACACUGGUCCUCUCUGCCCAGGUCCCAGAAAUCACAGCCAGGAGAAAGUUUAUGAGACACAUUUUCAAGUUUAUUAAGAGUAUAUAUUCGCUUGUAUUAAAUGUUUCCUCCAAAGCAGCCAGAGAAUUGUCUCAUCCUUCAUGCAUCUGUUCUGUAAGUGGCAGGAGAGUGAAGUGAACUGUUCACAUGCUGAUGGAAGGAUUAAAAAGACAUUUAUUAAGUAGGAACAGCUUUUUAAUAGAAGUGCUAAAGUGCUGAACUCUAAGGGAAAAUGUAUGUGAUUAUUGCCUCGAUGAAGAAAUCCAUGUCUAUAAAAGAUUUAAAGGCCUUCAUGUGGUUUUACUUUAUUUUUGCUCAAAAACAACAGAAAUAUGAAAAUAUAUAUCUAACUUUCCGUGCAGGUAGAGUUCCCCUAUGUGCAUUCUUUUUUACUGUCAUAUAAGCAGGAAGACACUGCGGUAGCUUAUCUACGGUUCGCAAAAAGGGGCAAAAUAGUGACAUGUUUAAAAAGCUGAUGGGAAAAUCUCUGACUGUUUUGACUUCAUGGCUAAAACGUCAACACUGACAAUCCUAGUUAGCAGCAUUUCAGUCAGACAUCAGACUUUAGAGCCAUUUCUUCUUAUUCGUAGUUAAAUAUGCAUCAGAAUGGGCAUGUGCAUGUUUUUGUGAGUCAUUAACAGUUUGCUGACUCUGCAGUUUCCAUUUAGGCAGUCCAUUUUAGUGAACCGCAUAUAAAUAUUAAUCCAAGCUGAGGAUUAAGUGGCAAAGUGGAGAGUUUUAUAGACCAGACCACCAACAGAUAAAGCUAAAUAAAGGGUAUGAACUCCCAGUACAUUAUGCCAGUUUCAUGCUGCAUAUCGGAGCCAAUUUAUAUCACUGUAUCCUAGAGACUAGAUAUUAAACUCUGCUUCAAGUGAGGGAUAAGUCUUAGUUUUUGAAUAUCCAUCGCUUUUUGAUGGAAUAGUUGACACGACCAUCAUCUCAUCUUCAAAAUAUCAUUUCAGUAGUUUAUCCUGUAAUGUGUUCAAACUACCACAAGGGGGCUGUAACAUCAUCUCAAAGCAGUUUGAUUACCAGCUGUUGCUGAAAGCAUUAAUGCCAGAUGUUGGUAGAGAAGUGUUGUGAUGUGAGAGAACCGCACAGACUAAAUCAGCUAUGAGGAUUUUAUGUUAGGAACCACUUCUUAAAAAUACAAAAUCAAAACUAUAUUUUUAUAAUCACCUUUCCUUCCUAAUUAUGCUUCAUUUUCUGCUCUUGUUCUGCAUGGAUGUUUACACUUGAAGAAAUACACCUCUGAGCUCUUCUGUUUCCCUCUUUGGGUUCAUAUGUGAUUUAGAGACCUCAGUGGUGGCUUCACUUUUUAAUUCAAGAUAGUGUAGAUCUGAUGUAGAUCACCACUGAUUCCUACUUUAGUUAAUACUUCUGUAUUUUUCUGUCAUAUUCAGGGACCACCUGGGCCACCAGGGACUGUGGGACUGUUGGGAGAAAUCGGCCACAAGGUGAGUUUGGUGUCCAUUUGCAUAUAUAAAUUAAAGGUAUUGUAAAGACUAAAUGAUCAAAUGAAACGAGGUGUCCAUCCUUUUCUGCAUAAUCAAACAUUCUCCGUCUCUGGACAUUUUCUUUAAAUGGUUAAAGCUUCUUAUUUUUAUCACAAAUAUUUCAACGUUUUCAUUCCCAUGCUCUCUUUGUUUCUCUUCAGGGUCCUCCAGGCAAGGUGGGAGAACCAGGACUGCCAGGCGAGCCAGGCGAGAAGGUGAGAGGCGUUAUUUAAGCUGUUGCAUGCCUGUUGAAAGAACACUGAAAUGAUAAAUAUUCAACACUAACUCUGAUGCUCGUGUCUGUGUGUGUCAGGGAGCCAUUGGAGCUGUUGGCAACAUCGGAGAGCAGGGACUGAUAGGACAGCGGGUAUGUUUAUCUCUCAAACUAUUUUAAAUAAUCAAGUAUUUUGCCUUCCUCCCACAUGGAACUGUUUAUUUUAUUUAACUUUGCAUGUGUGUGAUCACAGGGAGAGCCAGGCCUGGAGGGAGAAGCUGGUCCAGCCGGUCCUGAUGGAGCCAAGGUGACAUGAUUUUCCACAUUAUCUUUGUCAUCAGCUUUAAAGCUUUGACAUUUAGCUAAAGCAGAAUCUGCUUUUUGUGUGCUCAGAUAUGCUCUUUUUCUGUGCUCAUGUUCAGGGUGAGAAAGGCGACAUGGGUCAGGAGGGCGACCAGGGAGAAAAAGGAGAAAUUGGGCUAAAGGGAAAGGAGGGCCCGCUUGGAAGUCCUGGACUAACCGGCGUCAGAGUAUGUAAUCUGUUUUCAAACGCUCCAGGCCUUCACAGACCCUAAACCCCACAGCCUCUAACUGUUUAUCGAUUUUGUUUCUUCCUAAAGGGUCCAGAAGGGAAACCUGGCAAAAUUGGGGAAAGAGGCAAGCUGGGGUCAAAGGUAUCAACAAAUUCAUCUUUGAACAACAGCAUGAAAAUGAUCUGUGACUGGGCACGUUGUAGACAAUCUGUUGUCUUUAUUCAGGGUGCAAAAGGUCAACAAGGACACCUCGGGGAAACCGGGACUGUAGGAAAGACUGGACCGCCAGGAUUUGUUGGGCCGAAGGGAUCCAGAGGAACUAUUGGACACGUGGUAAAGUGGAACAGUGAUUAUACCUUCGACCUUACUCUAUUCUUGAAUGAUUUCGUCUUUCUAGGCAAUAAUAUGAUUAUAGUCAGUCCUUCAGAGUCUGUCAUCACAGCUACAAGGAUUUGCAAAGAUUCGUUCAAUAUUACAUCAGUCCACACAACUAAAAAAUGACUGACUUUUAUUGAGAGUUGCUACUAGUACAGUGGUUCUCAAUCCAGUCCUCGAGCCCCCCCUAUCCUGCAUUUUUUGGAUGUUUCCCUGCUCCAACACACCUGAUUCAAAUGAUCAGCUCGUUAUUAAGCCAUUACAGAGCUUGAUAACGAGCUGAUCAUUUGAAUCAGGUGUGUUGGAGCAGGAAACAUCCAAAUCAUGCAGGACAGGGGGGGCUCCAGGACUGUACUUGGCAAUGACCGAUCAAUCAGGUUCUUCAAACAUCUGUAAAAUGAUCAAAUUCAUGGUUCAUUUUUGAAUGACAGCAUCUUUACUAUCCACUGGUUUCAAAUGCAUUGAGUGUGCGUAAAACCACAAUGUCUUUUCUUUUCAGGGAGCUCCAGGUCGGAUGGGUCAACAAGGAGAAACUGGUCUUGGGGGUUAUGAGGUGAGAUUGACCUUUUUGUCAGUAUGGGUGGACAUACAAUCAUAAAUAAUCCUGCUGUGGUUUUACGUGGCAUAAUCUCUUGCAUCUGUCUUUACAGGGCCAUCAGGGACCACAGGGCCCCAUGGGGCCUCCGGGAACAAAAGGCGAAAAGGUACGCCUCUUUUUCCUGUAUUUGUAACACCAGUUUUGAAUUACUCCUCCUCCUUUCCAUGAAGUUUUCCCAGUGUGUCUCUGAACCAGUUUGGAUCUAUCAGAAUAAGCACCUGAAGUAGACCAAUAACACCAACAGGUUUGAAAGAGUUUUGAAGCCAGCUUCCCACAAUGCACCUCUCUUUCUCUGAGAAGCUUUUACCGAUUAACCUUUCAAUUUCAAACCUGUGUGUCUUCAUCAAAAAGGUCUACUCUUAAUUAAUGACAGCAUGUCCUUCUGAUUCUUUUUGUAUCAGGAUUAAAACAGUCAAGUUUGGCCCUGAAAAACAGCGAGUUAACAGUUUAAGAAGCAGCAGUUAUACGUGGUGUUUUGAAUCAUGGAGAAUGUUUGUCUCACGCAUUAAAGUCUGAAUUCUCUUUGCUUUAUCUUCAUCUGCAGGGCGAGCAGGGGGAUGAUGGGAAAGUUGAGGGUCCCCCUGGUCCUCAAGGUGACAUAGUAAGUCACACCUGGCUUACUUUUCUCCCUCUUUGAAAUAUUAGUCUGCUUAAGAAUACCAGUGUGGGCGCUGAGCCCUUACUUUCCAGUUCAUGUUGGAGUGUGAUGCAGGGGGAGUUUGUUGUUGCUAUGGGGUCUUUUAUAAGGAAACAAAAAAGUCAUCUUUCUGUAUCAUGUCACAAAAGACUUCCUACCUCUGACCAGAAGAUGGUGCUAUAACAAAACAGUGGCAUAUGAAUGUUUGCAGAAAGAGACUCUCAUCUUGCAUGCAAAGUUUGACACAGUUUGGACCCUGAGUGUUUGAGUGACAGUAACUUCCUGUUGUCAUCAAACAGUUUGUUGAUUGAUUUCUUGUUGCUUUAGGGUCCUGUUGGUGACAGAGGAGAGAGAGGAGAACCAGGAGAUCCAGGAUACAUAGUAUGUACAAUCAUGCCAGGUGAUCACAAACUAUUCUGUUUUGGUGUUUGAUUUUUUUUUGGUAUUUACACCUCUCUGUUACUUUGUUUUAGGGUCAAAUUGGCGUGGAUGGAGAGAGAGGCAGGCCUGGAGCCCCUGGACAACCUGUGAGUGUAAAAACCUUUGGUUUCUAAGCACAGGGCUCUCUUUAGACCUGCACAAUCUGCACAUGCACACACAGACUGUCUCUAUGUGACUUCAUUAACACAAAAACCAAUUUCAGGGACAGCCUGGACCUCGAGGGCAACAAGGACCCAAAGGAGCAAAAGGAGACCAAGUAAGGAUGUGAAAACAAAGUCUUGCUCUAGGUGCUUAUUGAUCAGUUCAAAAAAGAUUACCUGUAUUUUCCUGUCUAUAGGGUCAAAAAGGAAAAAAGGGUCAGCUGGGACAAAAAGGAAGCCGAGGAGUAGAGGUAAGUCCAACAUUUGUUUCUCUAAGUCAGAUUUUCUUAUAUGUCAAUCCUCCAAAAGUGUUACUAUGACUCAAGGCAUAAAUAGAUCAGCUUCAGUAACUUCACUGAGGACAGACAGGUGGCAUAAAGACAGAGUCACUCAUCUAGAUUGCUGAACAGUUCUCCUCUCUUUAGGGUGCAGGUGGUCCACCUGGUCCCAGAGGUGUGGUGGGCCGAGAGGGACAGGAGGGUGUGCCCGGGCAGGAUGGAGUCCUAGGGAAAGAUGGCAGUAAAGGCAUGCCGGUGAGACACACAAAUACAUCUCUUCUUUGUAGCUUUUACAGUGUUACAUAAUGUAUAUACUGUUCUUUAUAUAUCUACUGCAGAGGCUGAUGGGUAACCUGUUAUAAUUAUUCAGUGGCCACAUUAGUCUAGGAUAAAGUUUUUUUUAAUACUUAGAUGUGUUUCAUUUUUCUCGUCUAUGUUUCCAGGGAGAACAUGGUGAUGAUGGAGAGUUUGGUCAAUCCGGCAAAGCUGGCUCUCGGGGUAAAACUGGCGUUCCAGGACUUCCAGGAGAUCAGGGAGGCAUCGGACCCAAGGUAAAAAGGCAAAAGUCCAAAACUGCACAGUCACAAAACAAAGUAAUCAAAAUGACAUGAUAGGUUGAAUUCAUUUGUCAUUAGUCUUAGAUGAUGGUAUAACGGACUUCAUUUAUCCUUUGUGCUCUUAUCCAGGGUGAGCGGGGUCUUCGAGGCCAAAGCGGACCUCCAGGAAAAAGAGGCUUCAGAGGUGGGAUGGGACUGCCAGGGCAACAGGGAGACCAAGGACCUAAAGGCCAACCUGUGAGUGUCACCCGAAUAUACACACAAGGAUUCACCAAAACCUUGACUGACAGGAUGUAAUGAUAUACUUUAUGAUUAUUUUGGGAUGUUCAGUGAUUUUGACUGUCACCUGUCUUCUUGCUCAGGGUGAUACUGGAGAAUCAGGGUUUCCAGGGAUUCUGGGAGAUUUUGGGCCAAGGGUAAGUUUAUAACCAUACAGCAGUACGUCUUUGUCUGCAAAGACUCAAUGGUUAUGUCUUCCUAAGGGGAGAGUUAGUCUCUAAAUAAUGAACUUCUGCAAUCAUAGCUUAAUUUUGAAAUCUGCUUCAAUUAGCAUGGAGUCAGUUUGACACCACAAGGAUUGAAAAACUAAAUCUCCAGAGCUGAUGACACGUGUUGGAUGCGUAGAGUUUGUAUGUUAGAAAACUUUGAGGACAUUUAAUUUCUGCUGUUUUCAGGGGCCUCCAGGAGACUUUGGGCCAAAGGGUAUACGGGGACCAAAGGGGCCACUGGGGUCAAUGGUGAGUAGACAAAAGAUUAAAGUGACACUGAUAAAACGCACGAAGCCUCGUGUUAUUUUCUUAUUCUCCCCUUUUUCUCCAUCAGGGAAGGGGAGGGGUCGCUGGUCCCAUUGGAAUCAUUGGUCCUAAUGGCAGUGCGGUUCGUAUUCUUGAGAUUAUGCUUUGUUAUUUCGCUGUGCUGGUACUCUGCAGACCACUGACUCUGUCUGUCUCUCUGCAGGGUCCUAGAGGGGAGAAAGGAAGCAGAGGAGAGACUGUAAGUUUCCCUAAACUCUUUUGUCACAGAUUCCUUUUCAUUUUAAGUGUGAAAAGUAACCACAUCUAACUUUAUAAAACAACUAAAUGCUUUUUUUUUUUUAUCUGAACAGGGGCUGCAAGGUCCGAGGGUAUGUUUGCAUACUGUGCCUUUAUUUUCUGAUGUCCACGGUUGUUUAUAUUUUACCUGAAGCACUUGAUUGGUGAGAUAAAUAUAUAUUUAAAAAGCAUGAUGGUUUGUCAUUUAUUAGGGAUCCCCUGGACCUCGUGGACCUCCAGGACUUCCAGUAAGUUUUCUCUACUCUAUCAACUCUAUAGAUCCAUCAUUGGUCAAAUUUAGUGUCAGGAUGGAGUUCCAUGUCUUAUUGUUCUGCAUUUUUCCUCAUAGGGUCCCCCAGCUGUCCCUCUAUCAUUUGUAAGUUGUUUUAUAUCUUUGUUGUUACAUCCAAUAAAUAAAGCAGUUAGACUACAACAUAUUAGGAAAAGCUGAUCAUAUGCGAUUGCUCUGUUUAAAAACUCUUAACAUUUUUAUUAUUCAAUGCAGAAAGAAGACGGUGUUUUGUUUCUGGAUUCACACAAACCUCUCAGGACUGAGGUUUGUGGAGUUUAGCAUCAACAUUCCUCAAACUGUGACAGCUGAAAUGUGAUUCUGAUCACGUGAGUCUGUGUUUUUGUCUUUCUUCCAGAAUAAGCCAGUGAUGGAUCUGCCGAUGCUGGACCAGGGCGCAGAGAUCUUCAAGACCCUCCACUACCUCAGUAACCUGAUCCAGAGCCUGAAGAACCCACUGGGCACCCGGGACAACCCUGCCCGCAUCUGCAGGGACCUGCACAGCUGUGAACAGAAGUUAAAAGAUGGUGUGUAUUUAUUUUAAGGUUGGAGGCAGACAGCAGGUUUGUGUCUCAAAGACUUAUUUUUAAUUCUGUGUUGAUUUCAGGCACUUAUUGGAUGGACCCUAACCUGGGCUGCUCAUCAGAUAAAAUAGAAGUCUCAUGCAACUUUACCGGAGGGGGACAGACCUGCCUCAAACCAAUAACAGCAUCAAAGGUAUGUAAGACACAAGACAAAACACAUUGGCUAAAGCUACACUUUAAAGACACCAAAAUACAGAGACGGUCAGUAAGAGAAGUGUCACAAACCAGACUUGUUGACUGAUCUCUGUUGUUGCGCAGCCAACAGUGACCGUUGGGCGUGUCCAGAUGAACUUCCUGCACCUGCUGAGCUCGGAGGCAGUCCAGCACAUCAUCGUCCACUGCCUGAAUGUCCCGGUGUGGAGGACAGCUGAGGAUCAGCCAGGUUCCCUGUCUGUGAAAUUCAAGUCCUGGAGUGGGGAGGUGUUUGAGGUGGGAGGAGAGCUGGAGCCUGAGGUCUUGGAGGACUCCUGCUGGGUAUGACCAACAUCAAUUUACUUAGUGUUAGUUCGCUAGAUUAGUAAAAAGCUUUUAGCUUACUCUUAAAAGAAGAAAUGGUGUCUGCCUCACUGCUAUAAACUGUUUGAUGAUAUCUAAGGAGUAAGGCCUGAUCAUUGAAGACUCUGCCUCCCAUACUAACCUCAGAAGUUAAUGGUUUUUUGAGAGCGCCUGUUUUAAGGCCUACUGACAUAUGAUGGUGCCUGAACAUUGAAAGCUUUGCAAUAAAGAAGACAGAUUUUAAGUUUUCCCUGACAAAAACUGGCUUAUGAUUCCAAAGGAAAAGGACCAAAUCUGAAACGGCCCUGCCUCCUACACUACUUUCUGAGAUUUUAUGCCCCUUCAGCAGGCCUGUAGUAUGGAGCAGCAGGGUUUUUAGGGAGGUGACUGGCACUCUUGGGCCUUUGAAAUGAGAUGAUGACUGACCAAUGAAACAUUUUCAGAGCAUUUUCACUGAAACCAGGAUUUCAUAGUGAGCAGGUACAGAGAAGCUAGCAUGAAAGAAAUGUGGUUUCUGUCCCUUGGUCUUGCCGAUAAAUAAUUAUUUGUUUCUUGGUUUCAGGUUAAAGAUGGCCGCUGGCACCAAACCCAUUUUGUAUUCCACUCCCUGGACCCCACCCUGCUCCCUGUGGUUGACAUCUACAACUUCCCUAAAACUACACCUGGCUCACAUUACCACCUAGAAGUAGGCCAUGUAUGCUUCCUGUGA